GAGCAUGAUGGGAAAAUCCUUCUAGCAUCCGGCAUGGAGGUGCUGGCGGCCGGCUCCAGGCAGCAUCUCGGCGGCGGUGGCGGCCGGGACCAGCAACGACCAGGAGAGUGAGGCGGCGGUGGCGGCUUCAGGGGUCGGCCAUGGUGUCCCAAGCCGUGCAGCUGCUCCGGCAGGGCGUGUGGGCGGCGCUCACCGGAGGCUGGUACCACGAUCCGGAGCAGAGCAAGUUCACCAACAGCUGCCACCUCUAUUUGUGGCUUUUCCUGCUCCUGCUGCCGAUGGCGAUGCACCUGGUGAGGAGGGAGCCGGCGGGGAGGGAGAGGCCCAGAGCCCCGGGGACAACGACCCGAGCCAGGUUCUGUGCGGGCAGGUGGCCCCGCAGCUCCCCUCCUGCGCCCGGGAUGUGGGCCCGGAGAAAGCAGGGCUUCCGCUCAACCCCGGGAAGUCCCGGUGGGCAGGUGGAGGCAGCACAGCAUGGGGAAGAGAGAGGAGGAUUAUGGGGAUUCAGAAGGUGUCCUAUGAGAAAACUCUAGUGACGAUCCUUCUCCCAGCUGGUGCUACAAUAAAACUAUUAUUAUGUGCAUUUUAACAAUAUGCCAGUAAUAUUUUCAUCCACUAUGCUCCUAUAUUUCCCAAGGCUUGUUCUCUCUUUUGAUUUUGUUCUGCUAUCGAGUAUGUUGGGUGUGGGAACCUUUGGGUUGCUGGACUGCAACUCUCAUAAUCCCUGGACAUCAGUUUUGCUUGCUGGGGCUGAUGGGAGUUGUAGUUCAGCAAUGUCUUGUUGGCCAAAGCUUCCCCAGCCCUGGACUAAGUGCUGAGUGGCUCUGUGGAUCCUGACCAAAGUAUCUGCAAUUGUUGCAUCUUUUGCCAGUCUGAAGAAAUUAUAUAUAUAUAUGGAGCACUCUAACACCCACCCAUCCUUGCAAGUAAGCCGAUUUAGGUAGUGGUUAAGAAAAUGAGCUAAGAAGUUCCUGCUCCAUGUCUCAUAUCAACCACUGAAUGGUCUUAGGCAAAGUAAAAUCUCAUCAGCCUCAUUGCUCCUCCUACAUUUGUAACAUGAAAACGAUUAGCAAUGUUACUAUAACCUUACAACAGGGGUAUUAUAUGCCAUAACUGCUCCAGAUGCUGUUGGGACUCCAAGUCCCAUCAGCCCCAGCCAGAAUGGCCAGUGGCCAGUGAUGAUGGGAGCUGGAGUCCCAACACCAUCUGGAAGGCCACAGGUUAUCCACCACUGCCUUACAGGGUUGUUGUAAAAAUUACAUUUCAAGCACUUAGGAAAAGCACCAUGUAAAUGCCGAUAGUAUUGUAUAGUUGCUAGGAGAACAUUAGCAGGGUUAUCAAUAAUAAUCAGUCUUGUUACAAAUUUGAAUUGUCACACUGCAAGUAAAUGAAAUCUACUGGCAAACCAAUGGAUCAGUUGCAUUAACUCUUCAUUAUUCUUAUGUUUAGGCAUUCCCUCCCAAUGCCAUCACAGCCUUUGUCUACUGUAGUUCUGUGACUGUGCUUUUCACAAUCAUCAAAGUGGUCAGUUAUCGCCUGCAUCUUAUGUUUGACAAAGGAGAAGUGAUUCAACAAAAGGUCUCAUGGAAGGAAGGAAAGCAAAAUAAAGAAGGUAGAAGAGACAAUGCAGUUCGGCAUAUGACUCUCAGGCAAGUUUUCUUCCUUACUGUGUAAGGUUAUCCUUGGUGCCCUCUGAAAUAAUGAGGAGGCGUACAUGUAGGGAAACAAGCUUCUGCAUGCAAAUAAUUUACUGUGAGCAAAUAGGCUUCCUGCCUUUGUCAGAAAAUUAUGGAUGGUGCCAAGCAGCUGUUUAGGAGAGGGAAGGGAGGUAGAUUAAUCCCAGCAGAAUCACUGAUUAACUGCCAAUUUUCUGACAGGCUGAUUUGCACAUAUAUUUGGAACAGGACUAGUGAUGGUCAUUGUGAGAAAAAGUCAUCCCUGACUUCUUUGUUCUUUAUUAUUUUUGAAUAGCAAUAACAUUGGGGACAGUUGUGCAUUUGAAGAGCUCAAGCGUAAUGGUUCAACACCAACCAUCCACAGCAGCGUAAAAGUGCAGGCUAUACUCUCUCAUCACUCUUCAGGAGUCCUGGUUAGUAAAGCUUUUUCUGCAAUGCUGUUCCCUCUACAUAUGCCACUGGGUUUCUCUGACAAUCAAAUAUGUACUAUGGGUUUUGCUGUAAAAAUAGUAGCAUACCAUCUCCUUUGCCUAGCAAAGCAAAAUGCAAGAUGGGAUGUCAUUGUGCUCCAAGGUUUGCCAUCCCUGCAAGCAGCAGCUAGUGAAGCUGGGCAGGGAAAUUCAGAGUGUUGUGGUGCCAGGCCAUCCAUUUUGUUUUACUGCUGUACACAUGACAGGGAAGGGGGAAUGGUGGGGCCGGUGUAUUUGGUGAUACUCAUAUACAGUAGCUCCAGUAACAUCUGGUUCUGGUCAUCAUUACCAAUGCACAUUUGAAAAGAUCCUGUUUUAAUUACUGUGUAUUAAUUGGAUUGCAUAUUUUAUUUGUGGAUGUCUAUAUUUUAAUGUUUUGAUGGGUUUAUUUUAUUCCUUUAUUUUAAUUCUGGAUGUCUAUAUUAAUGCUGAUGUAGUAGCCUUCCAAGUGGUUUACAAGUAUAGAACCCUAUGUUAGCAUUAAGUAGUAUCUCAAAUAAUAAAUAUAAUAAUAAUCAUUCAGUGGCCAAAAAUGCUAAAGAAGGAGAAGGAAAUUUAAAGAUUCAGAAUUCUUUUGUUCUCUCCCCUUGUCCCAAGAUGGGAUCAAUGCUGAGUACUGUGAUAGUGAUAAUGACGGUUAGUGAAUGGGAGGAGAGGAAGGGGUCAUUUGGGGUGAGUCCAGCACCUUCUUCCCUCUUCUGGGGCUCUAACAGGUCCACUUGCUUAGUUGCAGAAGACAAUAGGGAAGCUUUUUUAGUGCGCACAACUCUAUGUGAAGCAGACCCACUAGAAUGUGGCAAUAAAAAAAAAAUGAUGUGAGGUUUUACCCAUUAAACCAGUGUGGGAGCAUCCCUGGCUACAUUUUCCUGUUCUGUACAUGUAGAUGACACCAAUGUUGGCCUCAGAGGGAAGCUGACUCACGUGGGUAGCAAUUGUGUGGAGCUUUGAGAUGGAUUCAUGAUUCAGAUACAUUUCAAAUAACAACAGCAACAAUAUUCUCCAAUUUACAGGUCUCAAGUAUUCAGUUAGAGUUAUUAGUAUGCGUUUUUAAGUAUUGCUUGCUGACUCUUGACAUCUGAAAGGGGAAAAAACUUUCUUAACUUGUGAAAUGUACUAUGAACAAAAUAAUUAGUUUCAAUACCACCACCACAUCCUUCAUUGAAUGUAGAGUAAUCACACGGCUUACCUUGAGACAUCUAUGAGAUAUUGGGUGCAAUCCUUGUAUUCUGUCUUUAUUAUUUUUGCCAUUGAUUUUAAGUGGGAUAUAGGCUAUACUUACUAUGAUUUGCUAAAGUACUCUGUUUUAAAUUAUGCACAUUUUAAAUAUAACAUGGAUCACAUAAUCCAUUUGCUUCAUUUUUAGGAACUGCCAGCACAAGAAACGAUUGAAGAUCUGAAAGGUACCUUAUAGAUAAUGUUUGUUACUAUUGUUAAAAGUGUUUCACCCCCAAAACUGUACACCUCAGAGUUUAGAGCAUGUUCCUAAAAUAAAUGGUGGCAGUGAACUUUAUAUAACUUGUAAAUGUUUACUAUUUAUACUUUGUUUAGAGAGCAUGUUCAUGCCCCACUGAAAGCAAUAGGACUUAAAGGCUUAGUUGUGUACUGCCCCAUUGAUUCUAGUGGGGAUUUUCUCUACUGCCUAGCGUGACGGAACUUCACAUAUGUUUGUGUCCCUUCUUAUUAGGAGUAAUGCUUCUGGAAGACCAGCCUGCCCUACCGGUUUCAUCUACCUCACCCUGUGUCAAAGCAGAUAUUCUGUCUGCUUCUAUGGCACUUAUGUCAAGUUCUACCACAUCAGCAAUAGUGGCAAAGCCAAAUGCCAUGGAGACAUUUAUCAGCGCGACAACCAGUGAAAAGGAUGAGAAGGUGCAGCUUUCUAGUUAUAGUGCAGUGGAGGAUACGCCUCUUGAUAAAGGUGUGGUUAAGAAAUUGCCAAAUCUUUCCUUGUCCCAGUAUGACAUUAUAAAAGCUGGCAUUUCCUUUGAGUCUUGGAGCACUGAUAAUUCAGUCAUCAUUUCUGAGCAUCUAAGCAACCCAAAGUGUUUCCGGAGAGAAAAAGUGCUGGAUGCGUCUGCUCAAGACAUCACUACCACUAGUUGCCUGCAGUGUAAUACCGUGGCAGCCAAGGGAGUGGAUGGACCUCUGGAAAGUUCCUACCUUGAUGACAUGAAGGUUCACCUUGACGAUUCGGAGAGCGAGGUAGCUGUUGCUCUCAUUGACAACUCUCUCUCUGGAGAUCCGCUUACACUACACGAACCGAUUAAAAUUGUGAUCACCAUGAGUAGCACCCAGAACUCAACCACCGACCUGGAUGGCUCGUGCCAUUUGCAAGUUUUGGGGGCUGAAAUCGGAUCCAGCUCAGAUCCAGAGUCUGGUGUUGUCAUGGCAGACCAGCACAGUAAGCAAAGCAGCGAAAUGAUGAGAAUCCCCGUCAUCACCUUUGAACUGUCUGAUGACAGCGGAGGCCAGGCUUAUCAAGAAGUGAGCGAAAGUUUGAGAACGCCAGACAAUUUAAACGUAGAUGCCUCAUCCAACCAGUGUUCAGGCUAUGAAUCUGGCGAACAGGACAAUAAUGCAAAAGAGGACGGUGACAACCCAAUGGAUAAUCACGAAGAAGUAAGCACUUGCCCGGAGAAUGCCUCUGAGAACGUAGAAGUCCUGACUUUACAUUCCAAAGAAGGGCAGCAGAAUUUGGGUGUACCCUCUUACAAAACGUCUCACGAGAAAAGGCAUGCUCGCGUGCUCAGUGUGGACAGCGGGACUGAUGUUUUUUUAAGUAAGAAUUCCUCGGAGACAGUCAGUGAUAAAGAGAAGCUUUUGCCAACCUCUAAAUCUGACCUGGAAGCUAAAGAAGGACAGAUGCCAAAUGAAUCUAAUUUCUUGGAAUUCGUCUCGCUGCUGGAAUCCAUUAACACCUCAAAGGCAACCGCGUCUGAUGGCAAACCAGAGACUGCAAAAGAUAAGCGGAUAACUGGAGGUAUGCUUCAUGCUUUCAAAAUUAUGAGCCAUCUCUGCACUUAAGGCAUUUCUGAGCACUUGCAUUAAGAGCAACUUGCCAGUCAAGGGAUGGUAGCAGCUAGCAAUAUAUAGUCCAGAAUAAAAAGUGUGGUGUUUUUUAAAGCUGAAAAUGGAGUACCAAAUGCUGUUGUGUGCCGUACAGAAGAUUCUUAAACCACAUAUGAAUGAGUCACACACAGAAAUCCUCAGUUUGUGUAAUUGAUGUUUUCAUUGCAUGUUAUGAUUUGUGUUGGAUAUGUUACAGUUAUAUGUAAACCGCUUUGAAGUCCCCUGUGGCAGAAAUAGAUGUACAAAAUCUCUGAAAUACUACAUGAAAUAGACAGUGCAAUCCUGUGCUGCUUUGUCUAGCCACAGCCAGAGAGGUGUGUUAGCUAGUACCUUGGAUUAGUUCCUAUACCACAGUGUCUCCUUGUACUGGAACUUGUGCUGUGAUUGCUCUGAAGUCAGCCCCACUAAGCCCUGUUCUGAAUAAAUAUGCUUACACUUACGGUGUAAGUGAAAUUCAAAAAGCAAAAAAAUGAGGGGGAUGUUUAUUUAUGUUAGCGUUACCUGCAGGUUCUAGUCAUGGGUCAUUUUGACGCUGACACAAAUUCAUGGAAGCAUAAAGGAAAAGAUGGCAGGUGAUUUUAACCCCAUAUGUUAUUAUUUUUAUUACUUUUACAUCACUACCUAUGUACAUGGUGCUAUAUAGAAGUUUAUAAGCCAGGAUUGGGGGACAUUUUUUUUCUCUUUCAAAAGCCAUGUUACUUUUCUCUUUCUCUCGGGCACCCGAUUUCCCAACUGUUUUUCUCCCUCCUUCCCAUUCACAAGAAACUAAUCUGAGGGACACAGGUAACUUACCUGACAUAAACAGAUCCUUGCCCAAACCUGUUCUGAAUACUAUAUGACUUUGAAAAAUUGUCUGCCAGACUGUAGUUGUUUUUGUAGUUUGAAUGUCUCACUCCUCAUCAAAAAUACUCUUGCUCUCUCAAAAAGAGAAAGCAUGAAAACAACACAUUUCCAGUGUCUUGUAUAAGUAGUCUUUCUAUUUUUUAGAUGGCUGCACAACAGAGAAAAAAGAGGAAACUCCAGAAAUGGAUAAAAACAGUGCACAUGGAUCUUCAAAGCAGGAUAAGCCAGAGAUGCAAACUCAAGACUCUGGUAGUAUUAAUCCAACUGUCCCAGAGCCUAUCAAGUUCACUGCUCAGUAAGAAGUUUCUUCUCCUCAUUGACUGUGUCUGAAAUGAUUCAUAUCAGUUGCUUACAGUGAGAAUAAUUAAUUUCAGUGUCUCUAUUUUGCUUUUGUGCCUAGUUACCAGAGCACCAGGCUCCUCAUUGACUGUGUCUGAAAUGAUUCAUAUUGGUUGCUUACAGUGAGAAUAAUUAAUUUCAGUGUCUCUGUUUUGCUUUUGUGCCUAGUUACCAGAGCACCAGGCAAAGGCAGAUCAUUUACCGGGUUACUUCGCAGCAAGAUAGUUCCCUCUUGCAAGUCAUAAGUGGGCCUGAGGCUUCUAUGCAAGAAGAGAUGUCUGUGGAUGCAAUGCAUGUCUUCAUAGAUGAAAAUGGUAAGCUCCAUAGAGAACUUAGGAGAAAGGGAGAGGUUUCUAUGAAUAGCGUUGCUUAACUGUUUUGCAAAAUGCAUUCAAUAUUUAUUGGAUUGUAGGAUGAUUAUAUAAGUACCUGGGCAUGAGAUCCACAGCCUUGUAUGCAGAAGGGGUUCAUACUCUGGGUGGAUCGCUUAGGUCACUGUAUUCAUAUACCCCAAACAUACACACAGACUCACCAAGCCAAGUGGAUUCUAGAACUUGGAUCUUGUCCAUACUGGAGUUUCCCAAAAGGAAACACCUACUGGUAUGAAUGGGAAAGACGGAAAGUCGCUUCUCAUAUGCUAAUUAAAUGCAGGUAGGUGUGGGCUAAUACAUUCUAAUUCAAAUUGGGGUAAUGGAAUGAAUUAACAGCUGAAUAACGCUGGAAUGUUGACAAACGGUCACUGCAAGUGGAUUCCAGAGCUUCGUUGACUUUGGUGGUUCCCCAGCCAAAGUCUAGAUGAUUUGUGAAGUAGCAGAUUGAAUAGAGCAUCAAGGCAUCACCCCUGCUUCUUCACCACAGCAGACUCCCCCUUCCUUUUUCCCAGAACCUAUAGUGUCUAUUGGAGUGGACAGAAGGUAGAACAGGAUCUUCUGGUAGAUCUCUGGAUUUGAAGUAGACAAGCAAAGAUUUCUGUUUAAUAAAAACAACCACAAAAUUACUUUCUUCCAUCCUCCUCAAUAAUACUGCUAAAAUGGGGGAAGUGAAGUGGGUAAGGAUUGUGACCUCCAUUUUGUUCUGGUCCUCAAAACAAAUUCUGGGAAUAAUUUAUUGGAUGUGUAUAUCAUUUUCACCUGGCUCUGGUUACUGGAUCUUAGUAACAAAAUAGAUUCCACAAGCCUGAAAUCUCUCCCCCCCCCCUAAAUAAAAUGGGAGGAGGCUGAGUAGUAGGCAGCUGUGGUAUGACUUGCAUCAAAGCAUGCUUGCAGCCCAGAAUGUUUAAAAGACUCUGCAGCAGCCGUGGGUCAUUGUAAUGAAAUUCCACCUUAAAGGAGUGUACAGGUCACUGGCAAAGAUACCUUAGGGCAAGAUCAAUGCUUCCAGCAGGAGGAUUGAUCCACAUGUUCCCUUCCAGUUCUUUUAUUUUACAGUCUUAAAAUUCAGUGUGUGAACAAAUAAUUACACCACUGAACUGACGGUGGCUUCUUCUUUUUUUAAAGGAGAAAUUAGAUCCUGUUACUUAAAGGCUGGCAGUCAAAAAGAAGGAAAUAUGCAAAAUCCAGCACCCAACUAUGAUUGUAUUUCUCAUGCUCAGUAAGUAAACUCUUCUAUUAGAAUGUAUUAAGCUGUUCCUUUUCGCAUUCCCAUGGGUUGUGAAAGAAUUAUGCAGUGAACAAAAAGGCAAAAUGAGUACUUGAAUCUGCAUUUUAAAGCCAUAGCAUUUUACCCUGUAUUUUUAUGGCGUUUUAUGAUUAAUUAUGAUGAAUUGUGCUUGUAUAUAUUGCUGUGCAGGGCUUUGACAUUUUAUAUGAGUGGGAGGUUUAUACAAAUUAUUAUAAAUAAAUGAAUGAAUGAAUGAAUAAAUAAACGCCCUCAGGGCAAUUUAUGAAGACCUUAAUAAAAGAUAGUUUAUGUUCUCAAGAUUAUAAUCUAAAAGACAUUGAAUAGAAGGGAAAGGGUUUGGGAGAAGAAGGAGAAAAGCAAGCCCAGUCACUUGUUAUUUUUUGUUUGUGGUACAGUGGCACCUCUACUUAUGAGCACCUCUGGUUACGUAUCCUUUGGGAUACGCAUGCGGCAAAACCAGAAGUAUUUUUCUGGGUUUUGCUGCAUGCGCAUGCACAGAAGUGCUCUACCACGCCGCGCACAUGUACAGAACAGGCACCUCCAGUUGCGAAAACCUCGGGAUCUGACCGGAGCUCCGGAACAGAUUCCAUCUACAACUGGAGGUACCACUGUAUUGUAUAUAUAGGAGGAGUAAAGAAAGAAAGAAAGAACUGCAUUUCAUGAUAAAUGUAUAUUCCAGUAGCUGUUCUCAGUUUUGCAAAACUGUAUAUUGGGAAUAUCAUUUUUAGGAAAUGAAUGUAGAACAUGGGGAGCUACAUUACACUAAAGCAGGCAAUUGGUCUGUCACUCUCAAUACUGUCUAUAUUGUAGCCUAUGUUUUCUGGGAAAAUGGAUGAAUAUUUAAACCAACUUUAACAAUGUAGACUUAAAACAUGACUGUUUAAAGUGGUGUGUUUGGAUUUUUGAAACUUCCACCCCAAAAAGCUUGACAACUUUCUUUUCUUGAUUCCCACCCCCCCAAAAAGCCCAACAACUUUCCCAAAAGAAGCUCAACAACUUUCUUUGAGUGAUUCCACCCCCCCAAAAAAAUAUGGCAACCCUAUAGUGUAUUUGGAUCCUCAAUCAUAAUAAUGUCUCCUCAUCAGCACACGUGGUUUAUUCAGUUAUAUAUGUUAAAUGCCUUUUCUAUUCAUAUUGACUGAGAGAGGAGUGAUGGGUGUUGCAGCAUUCAGUGUAUGGAGGAAUUGCAGGGCAAAAGAACCUGUUUCAUAAGAACGUGAGAAGACUCUUGCUGGGUCAAACCAAAGGCCUCCUUAGUACAGCUUCCUGUACUUGCAGUGAUCAACCAGAUGUCUAUGGGAAGCCAAGAAGUAGGACAUGGACACAGCAACUCUCUCCCAACUCAUGUUCCUCAGCAAUUGGUAUUCAGAGGCAUAUUGCCUCUGACUGUGAUGAGGUUGUAUAGGAAGAUUUUCCACCAGCCUUUGCUCUGAUAAUUGGCUGGAGAAAAUAAUGCAGAUUAGGUAUAUGAAUUGAACAGCACCAUCUUGCGUUUCCAAAAAUAAUUAUGCUCCUGCCAGUUCCUUACUCUUUUAUUUGUUACACCCUCUUGAUUUUCAUCUGUCAUUUACAUUUCAGGGCUAUUUCUAGUUCCCUCAGUCUAGACAGAAGGCAUGUGGCCUCCUUGCUUACUUCCAUGCAGGGCUGGCCUUAGACACAUUUGUACCAGGUCACACAUAGACUGGGGUUGUGGCCACGCAAGCCCGAGGGAGGAAAAACUACUUUUAUGAUGGGACUGUUUAACUUCGCAAAAAAAUUUAUAUAUUCUAUAUAUAUAUAUUUAUAUAUAUAUAAUUAUAUAAUUAUAUAUAUGUGUAUGUCUGCCAGAAGUGAGAAAACUUGAGGCUGCUUUUCUGUCAUGUUUGUAUUCUGCCUUCCCUUGAAAGCAACUCAGGGUUGUGCAGCUGUUAUAGGGUGACUAUUAAGAUGCUGCUGUUAUUGUAAUUACUACUACAUAAUGAUUUGUUUCUAUGCUUCCCUUCCUCCCUGGGAGCCUGGAGCAGCCAACAAGAUGGAAAAAUGCCUUGCAUACAGUAAUAAACAGCAUCCUAAAAUACAUAGAUAUAUGAAAUAUUUAAAAUCAGAAAAACAUACAAAAGUGGUACCAAACUGUUGAAAUCCCCACCAAUGUUCAUGUCUCCGUAGGCUAGACAAACAACAAGUAUUCACAUUAAUUGUUAAUUUGUGCAAACAUAUUCAUUGGGUAAAUCAGAUAAAAAGCCAUUAUUUACUGUAUUUUUUGCUCCAUAAGAUGCACUCUUUUCCUCCUAAAAAGUAAGGGGAAAUGUGUGUACAUCUUACGGGGCGAAUGCAGACGGGAGGCUCUGCUCAGCUCUCGCUUUAAAGAGCUGUGCUGAGCGUGUGUGCGGCUCUUGCUGGCUUUUCUGCGAGGUGGGAGAAGGGACUGACAGGCUGCCCUCUGUCCCUUCUCCCAUCUCCCAGAAAAGCCAGAGCAAGCUGUGCAGCUAUUGCUGAAGCCAGCAGAGCAAGAGCGAUAGCUGUGCAGCGGCUCUUGCUCUGCUGGCUUCACAGCGAAGCAGGAGGAGGGACGGACGGGAGCAAGCAAAGCACCUGUCCUGGUGUCUCCUCCUCUUUUGCAGUGAGGCAGGGGGAGGGAUGGGCAAGCAAAGUGAGAGCUGCACAAAGCAGGAGAGAAGCCAUGUAAGCGGCUCUCGCUUUGCUUGCUUUCAAGCAAGAAAAGCAAGAGCCGCUUACAUGCUCUGCGCAGAAUAUUUUUUUUCUUGCUUUCCCCCUCUAAAAACUGGGUGUGUCUUAUGGUCAGGUGCAUCCUAUGGAGCGAAAAAUACGGUAAAUUGCAGGGGCAACACAUCCUGUUUUGUCAUUUGAAGUGAAACUGCCCUGCCGUGCCACUGCUGCUACCCCUCACCUGCUCCUGCUGCCUCCUAUUCUGCCCCUACUGCACACCCUGCCACAUCCACCCCUAGUGGAUCGGUGCCAAAUUCAGGCAAGACCUUGCCAAUUUUGGGUGAGAUCUCAUGGGGCAGGCAGGGCAUCCACAGGCAUGCGGCCUAGGGGGCUUCUGCCUCACCUUGCCUAAUGGCUGGGCCGGCUCUAGUGAAAUGCUCCCAGGGCAAAUAGCAGCUCAAAAUGGAUGAAGAUUUUCUUUUGGAUCAAGGGGUGUUCUGGUAGAAAAGACUUGUCGAAGGUCAUAAAAAGUCAGUGUGAUUAUAACAGAAGAGGAUAGAAUGUUGUGCCAUUACUUUCACUGCUUUUCAGUCUAACCUACCUCAUUUUGUUGUUGUGAGGACAAAAUGAGAUAAUCUCAUGCAUGCCACCCUGUCUCCUUGGAAAGAGGAUGGGAUACAAAUGGGAGAUAGCCGCAGCCAUCUUGUCAUUCUGUCUCCUGCUACCACAGUGGCCACAUAGAUGCAUCUGAUAAUUCACAAGCAGGUCACGAUGGACGCAGCUAUUCUAUGUUGUCGAUCGGUGAUAUCUGAUCAUCUGCUGGUGCUGCCUCUGACAGUGACAGCAAUUGUACUUGAGCUUUCUUUAGCAGGCAGACCUCCCAGUCUCUUCCUUUUUGCGCACUUGCAGCCCUUACUUUGACUGGCCUUGUGACAACUUUAUAAUGUAAAUUUCCCCAUCAUGCAGAGAGAAUUCAUUUGAAAGCCUCGUGAUUAAUUUGUCGUGUUUGUUUUGAGGGCACGUUACUCUUUCCGGUAGAAGUCAAAGCCUACAGGCUACAAAGAAUUAAUUGCUGCAAAGAGAGAUUCUCUGCAAGUGGCUAGGAGGAAGGUUAAUUUUAAAACACUCUGCUAAAGCAAGUUCUUAAAUACUGCAAAAUACAAGUGUGUCUGGCCUCAGGCAUGUGGAAGAGUUUCAGUCUAGUUGCUCUGUGCACUUGGUUUGGAUUCAUUCCCCAAAGUAACUAGCUGCAGAAUGCUCUGUACUGUACAAAGGCAUCUGUCUGAAUACCUUAACGGUAUCAGAGAUCUCCUGGGCAAUUACAUCUAUAUCUGACAGUUUUCAACAUCACAAUGCUCUCCAAACUCUCUGCAAAUGUACUCUGCACUCCAGGCUUUUUUGCUGGAACAGAAGCAGACAUUAUUGUAAAGUUCUUUAGCACUGAAUGGCAUCAAAAAAGCAGGCUUCGUUUCUCCCCAGCUACCAAGGUGAUUUUAAAUGACAGGGACAUCCUUCAAUUCUAGCAGUAAGCCGCCGAUCCUUAUUACUGAUGCAGAGCGGAUGCUGGCAUUUGACAGGUUUCCACUGCUACGCAGCCACACACAUUUUCACCGAUACACAGGGAAACUCUGUGGGAUUAUGGGACAUGGAGGUUUAAUUAUUAACGGCCAGCUAGGUGCCUCCAGGAGAUGUUCACUCAUAGCAUUUUUAUUCUUAAAAUACACUUCUGCACUGCAAUCCAAUGCAGAUACAUUUCACUAAUUUAAUCAGGGUUUAUUCCCAAAAAAGCAUAUACAGAAUUAUAGCUUCAGUACCUUUGACUGUUGCUUAAAAUGUCUGUUCCUAUGAUGUAAAAAAAAGGUAAAGGACCCCUGGAUGGUUAAGUCCAGUAAAAGGCAACUAUGGGGUUGUGACUCUCAUCUUGCUUCAGUCCGAGGGAGCCAGCAUUUGUCCACAGACAGUUUUUCCGGCUCAUGUGGCCAGCAGGACUAAACCACUUCUGGUGCAACGGGACACCGAAACCAGAGCAACGCAUGGAAAUGCCAUUUACCUUCCCGUUGGAACAAUAUCUAUCUAUCUACUUGCACUUCGUGCUUUCAAACUUCUAGGUUGGCAGGAGCUGGGACAGAGCAAUGGGUGCUCACCCCGCCGCGUGGAUUUGGACCACUGAUCUUCUGAUCAGCAAGCCCAAGGGGCUGUGGUCUAAACCAUCUUUUCCUAUGAUGUAUCUGAUCCAAAACUAGAGAGGAAGUAGGUGGAGCACAUACAGCUCUGGGAGAGCAGGGACCACCCAUCUAUCUCCAGUGUCGAGAAACUUUCCAUUCACACGAAGGAGAUGUUUGCUCAGUAUGUUUCCUGCAUUUGAAGCAAACGGAGAAGGUACUGUGUCAUUCUUUGUGCCCACUGGAACUGGAAUUACAAAUGGGCCAGGAGAGAACCCAGCCUAGCCUUCUCUUGCGCCUUUAGCAUCCACUUGAUUUGUGGAAAUGAACAGCCAACAUUUUAGCCCUGCUCAGAUCUGUAGAUCUAGUUGCUUUUAAAGACACAGUAGAUGUUGCUGGGCUUUUUUAAAGAAACAAAUUAGCAACCCUAACUAUAACUGCUGUUUUUUAAUAGAUACCCUCUAGACACAUGAAACUUAUGUCAUUGGUUGUGCUACAAAUGAGUCCUCAGUGCAAGUUCAGCAUAGAAAACUGGCUUAUACCAAGUGACAGCAGUGAUUCAUCUUGUCCAGCAGCUCUCCAGGGUUCCAAACAGGAAUCUUUUUCCAUCCUUGCCUGGAGAAUCCAGGGAUUGUACCUGGGGCCUUCUGCAUCCAAAGACAUGUACCAGCCCAGAGCUACAUCAUGAUGAAAUCUAAGCUGUGACAUAAGACUAUUUCAUGUUGGAUAUCUCCUUAUGCUGUAGGAAAGCUCCUUUUAGGCUUAGCAUUUAAAGCUUCAGAGCUCUUCUAAAAACUCUAUUCCAUUAUUACUAUGAUAAACAGCCAGUUUUCCUUCCUCAUUUGUGAUCAGCCAGUCUUCCUUUCUGGCUUGGUACUUUCAUGUGUCUCUUAGCAUGGAAGUAAAAAUUUCCGACAGCAUUUAUUCAAAAGUAAUUGCUUAGAAAUGAUAAAGUAAAAAGAGUCUCCUUUCUGUAGUUAGUCUAUCAUGCCAAGAUGAUUUGAACUGUAUCCGGUCUCUUCCCCUGCCCCCAUGCAAAUCAAACAACAUAUAAUAUAUCCUAUGUUGGAUGUUCAGAGAAGGAGAAAAAUGUUGCAGUUAAGUUUUAUUGGCACUUGUUAAUGUACUCAACAGCUGGCAAUUUAGAUCAUGCCAUAGAAGUCUACAGAAAAAGAAGAAAAGGAAUGGGGGAAGCAUUGCCACAUGGUGGCAGCAAAUGCCUUUCAAGGAGCGACUAUCUCUGCAGUGAUCUAAACUCUGGUGCAUCAUUUAGAUUAGAAGGUAAUAAGGGAGGGACAUCAAUCUCCUGAAGAAACAGGAGGGGUCUCUUGAGAAAACAGAAUGGCAAGAAUUGUUAUCAUCUUCCUAAUCUUGAUCUAUCUUUUGAAGUAUUUUUCAGAGAGUGCUAGUAAAGGUGAUUGAAAUUAUUUGGGGUACAAUCCUGAACAAUUGCAGUUAACAAAGAUACGAUUUAACAGCACUUGGAGAUAUGUGUGUCUGUAUAUAUUUAAAAUUUAUUUACACCCCACCUUUUCCCCUAAAAAGACUCAGAUAAAAAUAAGAACUGCUAAAAACAUGGGGAAAACAAUCAUUAAAUUAAAAGUGCACACAAUUCUCACUAUCCUAACUCUCGUCAUAUGAAAAUUCACUUAUCCAAACACAACAAAUUAGUCCCCAAACCUUGUUGUACACACUGCAGAUGCAGAUAUCCAAACAGCUGGACCUGCAUUUAGUACUGUAAACAAAUAAGCAGCCUUAACCAAGCCUUACUGUUUUGUGUUUUGCUGCUUCGCAGCAGCCAUUUCACCAGAAACCAUGGGGCGAAGGUGGGUGGGGGGAGAUAAGAUAAAUAAGAGAGCAUUUUUUCCUUCCUUGUUUGCCAUUUGCAGAGUUUCAGAGGUUUUCCCUGGGUUUUCCCAGGCUUUUUCAUCAUUUUAUGGUCAAAAUCCCAGGGCCAGAAAUGCAUUAGAAAUUAGAAUAAGUGACUUGUUAUGGGAAUGUUCGCCAAAUGAUUUGCUGAGAAUGCAUUGUGUAUAGAUAGUGAGAUCUGUAUUUAUAUACAUAUUUUUAAAAAUCUAUAAAAAUCACAUCAGGCAUAUGCAGGUCCCAUGUUAAGAGAGGCAUCUCCCCAUAAGAUGGAAUACCUCAUUUCAGAUGAUGGGUGCCACCCUCAGCUUUUAUAUGUUUCUAUUUAAAAUUGUUGUUGUUGUUUGUUAUAUCUGCUUUCCAAUUAAUCUGGGAUCGGCACCUUUUAAAAUCAAUCAAAACACUUAAAAAAAAUCAGUUGAGUGAAUGGACUAGUUCACUAAAGAUUGGCUUUAUGGUCUUGUGCAACAAGUGUCAACAACACAUUAUUUUUACAUUACUAUCUGAAUAAUUAACCAAGCAAGUUUUUAACUGGCAGGGCAGUCCAGUGCAUGUCUGCUCAGAAGGAAGUCACACUGAAUUCAUUGGGGCUUAACUCUCAGCUAAGUUUGCAGCCUGAAUGCUGAAAAUUCCAUGUUCCUGUUCCAUUUGCAGCCUAAUUAAGAGUUGGUAGAGAUUUCCAGUACCCUCCUGCAUAUGGUUUCUUGGAAUUAAGCCGCGUUGGCGUUUUAGUCCCUAGCAAGUGUGUGAAUGGCAGCCUUAAAAACUUGUUUCUCCAUUUCAGUAGAGUGCCUUGUGCAUGCUGCUUUUUUUCUGUAUCUGAGGCCCUCAGUACUUGGAUUAAAAUACCAGUUGACACAGGUUUAGUCAUUUUGGUUCAAUCUACGUUCCCUGAAGCAACAGGAUUUCCUGUGUACUGGUUACGGAUACUCAUGAUGUACCUAUAAUGCAACAGAUGCACUAGAUUGCUUUCCUUACCAAAUUAAGAUAUGUACAAAAUCACACCGUAAAUGAAUUAAUUUCUAGAGUGUCAGUAGAGGGCACUGUAUACCUUUUGCAGAGGUCAUGCAUACAUAACAUGCCUGUCAAGUAGAUUGGUAGUUGCUAAUUUACCUUUCGAAAUGCAUUCAUUAUUCCAUUGCAGAUAUUAAUUGUCUGUGGUAGCUAUUUACAUACACAGCAGAUUUUUAGAAAUACCAAACCUCUUUUUCAAGAUCCUACAUUUAUGGUGUUAUUUUUGGGGGUGCAUCUUUUACGUACUAUUUUAUUAUAUAUUUUAAAUACUUAUAAAACACUAACACAGUGUCUAGACUUCUUACUGUUUAUGCACUGUCAUCUGAGAUGGUACUUUAAAAAAUAAAGUCAAGUGUGUGAAUAUUAUAGCAUUCAGACUGAAGAGGUUUUAAACAACACAGGAGUGGGGGUGGGGGAGGGAACAUGCCAAAACUAAGUUGAGCAAGAAAAGAAGCAGAGGGAAUGUGGCGCACAUCCAUGAUAGAGAAUGUGCCUGGUGGAUUGGGCACCCAAUGAUUAGCAAAAACACAUUCACCAAGUGGAGAUCUAAAGGUAAAGGGUAAAGGGACCCCUGACCAUUAGGUCCAGUCAUGGCCAACUCUGGGGUUGCGGCGCUCAUCUCGCUUUAUUGGCUGAGGGAGCCGGCGUACAGCUUCUGGGUCAUAAGCCGCUUCUGGCGAACCAGAGCAGUGCACGGAAACGCUGUUUACCUUCCCACUGGAGCAGUACCUAUUUAUCUACUUGCACUUUGAUGUGCUUUCGAACUGCUAGGUUGGCAGGAGCUGGGACCAAGCAACGGAAGCUCAUCCCGUCGCGGGGAUUUGAACCGCCGACCUUCUGAUUGGCAAUUCCUAGGCUCUGUGGUUUAACCCACAGCGCCACCCGCGUCCCAAGGGGAGUUCUAGUGCAAGUUAAAGAUUAAUGUCAUGGAUGGGCUGGAUGCAGAGGAGCGGCUAGAGGCAGCAGCCAAGGAACCCCCAAGGGAACUACCAGAGGUUGGAGGCUCUGAGCCAGGGUGGGACAACGAUGAGUGGUCAGAGGUGGAAGGAGUAGACUGUCGGUGGUGGAAGCUGAAGAGGUAGCGAGUUUAGUGAACAGGAAGAGACUAUGGCAGAGCACCGUUCAGAUGCCAAGACAGAAGCGGGGGCUGGAGAGUGAGACCAGGAGGCAGAGAAGCUGGCUGCGGAAGAUGCAGUCUCCCUUUCUGCGAUUAAUUUAAUUGAUUUAAUCCACUGUGUGCUCUUUGUAAUCUCACUGUACAAUGCUUAGAAGCUCUGGUGAUUAAGUGGUAUAUAUAUAUAUAUCUGAAAUAAAAUAAGCAAAAUAUAUUCACCUCUGCAAAGAAAGCAUUCUCCAUGAUUUAUGACUACUGCAUUGCCAUCAUCCUUGUACAUAAAGCCUCUCUAAACUGUCUCUAUAACUGAGGUUCCCUAUCAUUGCAAAAUGCUACUUCCAGACAGUGACCUCUAAGGUACUGAGUGGCCUAGGUUUUAAUCGCUCUGCAGAAACUGGGGUGAGGUUUCAUAAAACCAUUUGGGGAGCUGCAGGUUGUACAAACACUCCCACAAUCUCCAUAGUCUUUUCAGUGCCUUAAUGAGGCACUCACUAAAAAUUAAUUCUAGUCCUUUAUCUUCUUUUGUGCGCAGUGAAACCCAUUUCAGCUCCUCUAGUACAACUACCUCAGAGAGCCAAGAAGCAUCUUCUGAUCAUGGGCCAAGUGCGUUGCAACAGCAGCUGCUACUGAUGGUGGCACGAAGAACCCUUUCCGAAACCCAACGGGUACCGUGUAAUAUCUCAGUUCCUAACACUUCGUAUAAAUAUGUCCCAGGGAAGGAGAUUUCUUUUAAAUGGGCCUUUUCUGUUAUUGCUGGGAUUAGGGUGACUUGUUUAAUAAUCAUGUAAAUAUUGAUGUACAUACUUGACAGUUAUUUCAGGAUAUUUGACUACUUUUGCAUGCUUGUUCGGAAAAGAUCCCAUAAAUACUCCCAGCAGGGAAGGAAGGCAUUCUUUACUGAUGGGGUCAGAGCGAACCUUUUCUAAAACCCCCACUCUUGCUGAUUGUCUGGAUCAGGCUGAUUAUGUAUUCAUUGUAUUAAUAUAUUCAUUUAUUGUUCAUUAUCUCUUUAGUUAAUCUCCUGAUGAAGAGCUGUUUUGUCUUGAAAUGUGUAAGGAGAGUUUGCCUUUGUGUAGGAUACACUGAAGUGUAUAUAUAGGUGAAGCUUUUGUGGGUUUUUGGUUCAAGGUUUGUGAAUUGGCAAAUCUGAUAUAACUAUUGCUUCUGUAGGAUAGCUUUUGGGAUGAAUGCUGUGUGAGUACAGGUGGGGAAAUCUUAUACAGUUGUACCUUUGUUUUCGAACAGAAUGAGUUCCGGAAGUCUAUCCGACUUCCAAAACAUUCGGAAACCAAGGCGCAGCUUCCAAUUGCCUUCCGAUUAUGCAGGCGUUCCAAAAACAAUAGUGGAAGCUGCAUUGGAUGUUUGGCUUCCCAAAAAUGUUUGAAAACUGGAACACUCACUUCCAGGUUUCGAUCAUUUGGCAGCCGAAACGUACGAGUACCAAGGCGUUAGACAACCAAGGUACAACUGUAUAGGUAUGUGUGUACACACACACACACACACACACACACAUUUCUGUGCUUCCUGGGGGUGGUGGGGCAUCUGUUGGGGCUCUUUCACUUGUAUCAGGAGUUUGAUGGCCUGGGCCAACAGCCUAACUUAAGUGGGCUGUCGGAGCCAGCCGUUACAAAUGGCGGAGUUUAGCAUAAAAUAUAGACACAGAGAGCCAGCAAUAUUUUCAUGAUGGUAGGAGCAGCUCCUUUCGAACUUCCCUCUCCUCCUCCAGCUUUUUUAUUAUCCUUUGUCCUCUCUCCAGCCGCAUGGCUGUUUGCCAAUGUCUCACGUUACCUCAUCCGGUCAAGGCUUUAACCCACCCACAAACCAUAUAAGGUCAACACAUUCCAAUACAUUGUAAAGCUCAGAGUGCUGGUCAGCCGAGGUCAGGGGGCACCCUGCAAUAUUACAAGCCUUUACCGUGGCUUUAUGACUCCCACAGUGGGCUACAAUGGAGCCUGGAAUAUUGGGGCAAAUGGAGCACUUCUUCACCAGCUUCAGUCUGCCCUCAGCCAGCCCCCACCUUCCUGAUUUCUCACUUGCAACAAGCCCAGGGGGUGGCCCUACCUGACAGAUUCCUCUUCCCUAGUCUCAGCAAGGAGGAGGAUGGGGACAAAAGUAGAAUUAGUUGGCUCUACCGUCCAUUGGCUCCAGUUCCACUUCCUGUGCCAUUGUUUAUGUAGCCAAAAUGCCACCAUCCAUGCACAUGAGGCAGGUAUCAGCGGACUUGUGGGAACUUCAAGGUCUGCAAAACCUUUGGAGGUGGGGAAACUCCUAAGGGGAGCAACAACAGGGAGAAUCCACACUGUGGCAUUUUCUUGCAGUUCCUACUAGUAAAUAGUAAAAAUUUGGCUUUCCGCCCUUGCCCAUGUUGCCUCAUGGUAGCAAGUAUGUGCAUGCAAAAAGUUUUCAUUUAAUUACUUCAUGUGUUUUAAUUCAGUUCAGCUUUUUUGGGUUAUAACUAUAGGUCAUCACAAAUAUAAAAAAAGGGAAGAUCUCCAUUAAUUAAUGAAUGAAUGAGAUGAGAAGUAAAACAACAACAAAAAGACUCCAUUUUACUUCAAUGCAUGCAUUUCUCCUCUUCCUCUUUGGUGAUCACUCAUAGCCGAGUAAGAUUGUCUUCCAUGAACACAGUCUUAAAAGUGAGUCCAUAAGUGACUGUGGAGGCCAAUUCCACACGUCCUUCCACAGUGGGGACAUAGGUUUCCGGUUGGGAAUUGAUCACGGUGUGGGUUUGCCAAACGUGCCUUUCUCUUGGCAUGUUUCUCUCUUUCAUCUUGAGUUCAAGCAUCUUCAAAGUCCAUGGCACUUUUGGUAAAGGCUGUUCUCCGAUUGGAGCACUUGCAAGCCAGUGUUUCCCAGUUGUCGGUGUUUAUACUACAUUUUUUUAGAUUUGCCUUGAGAGAGUCUUUGAACCUCUUUUGUUGACCACCAGCAUUACGCUUACCAUUUUAAGUUCAGAGUAAACAUGACUCCACAUUUUGUUGCAGUUCCCAUAAGUAAAUAGUAAAAAUUUCACCCUAACAUGGGGUUUCUAUGCAUAAGUGACAUUAUUACUUGUUGGUAUUUUUAAAUUAGACCAUAUGCUUCAGAUUGGCCAGAAACCUUCCAAAAUCUGGCCAGAAUAAUCCUCAUAUAGGAGAAGGGGAGUUUUUCUUCACUAACUGAUGGAGAAAGUUAUUUUUCAUCUUUCACAUAAAGAACAAUGUUGUUGACAUUUUUUAAAAAAUAAAAAAGGAAGUCAGAGCAUAUCCUUGCUUCCCCCUCCUAUCAGCUGAAAUAAAUCUACUAAGAGCCCUUUACAAAGAUAGUUUUCCCUUCGGGGAGGUGUUAAAACAAAGCAUCUAGAAAAGAACCAGAAGGCAUUGGUCAAUAUUGGUGCUGGAUAGCUUGACCCACAACAAUGUUUCCGAAGCAGCUUUCAAAUUCACAGAUACUGCAGAUAAUAACCCUUUCACGAGUCUUGAAUGUUUAUGUAUUAGAUGGCUCAGCAUGAAGCAGUUGUGCAGAAUGAAGAAUCUGCUCCUAAAUCUUUCUUUGAUACUGUUGCUAAAAUAUAUGUGAGGUAUCUGUUAGUUAAACUUGAAGCCUGGACAAUAGAAAAUAACAUCUUCAUGGAAGAACAAGAAAGAUUUAGGAGCAGAUUGAUUGGUCUAUAAUUCAGUGGUAAAAAUUUAUCUUCUGUUUUAUAUAUGGGAGUGGGUUUAAUUCAUUUCAUUAUUCAUCAGUUUGCUUUUCAUUUGUUUUCACAGCCGAUACAUAAUUAGUUCAUUCAUUUUCAUUAUUCCCAUUCACUGUCGUUUUCUACUGCCUUAAGUGAAACUUAGCUACAUACUCCUCAGCUGCCUGUAACUUUUGUGUUUUUCACAUUUUGAAAAACGGCAUGGUAUUUUUUAGCCUCUUUCUAACUCUCCAAAGGAUCAGACCUACCACAUUCCAGAAAGAUAGGACAAAGUGUACCCAUGUUAUAGGCAGUUUAAAAAUGCACACCUUUUCACUAAUGAGCUAUGAAUGAAGUGAAUGGGAAAUGAAUGGGGUUUUUUAAAAAAAUCAAAACUUCACUCAAAAGUCUACUCACUUUUUCAAUAGAAACAAAUGAAAUAAAAUGGGGCUUUCUGCCUGUUCCAUUCCAGACUUUGGCUUUUGAACUCAAGGAUUCUAGAGUGGAGAACAUCCUCUCUAGGGUUUGUUUUAGGUCAACUUCUGGCCUUGUUAACUUGUAUUAUUCCAUCUGAAUGUCUUAUUCUGAUGUAAUACAUGACUAUAGCAUUGUAGGAACCAAACCAUUGAUGCAAGUAUUACUUUGGAAGUCGACGGCUGUUAGAUUUGGGGCAGGGGCAGGAUAGCAGUCAACCUGUAACUUUAAAACAGGAUUUGACUGCCCAAUGAAAACAUAGCUUAUUUUCUACUGUGGUAAUUUUUCAUUAGAAAGUAUGUUAAACUUUUUAGAUGGUGGUUUUGAUUCCGAAAGGUUAACCGAUGAUUAAAUUGAACAAUGUUUUUUAAGGAGCAGAGAGUAGUUAGAAAACAAUUUUAGUACUUCAGAGAAAUAAAGGUCAAAGGAACUUAUUCCAGCAUCUUACUGUAAUUGAGUUUGUGGUUUGAUAGAUUCAAAUCACAUACAAAACCUAAAGGUCAAAGAGCAAUCUUGGCUGAAGUGGGCUCAAUAAGUAUUUUGUUCCUGUAUAUUGUAAAUGGUCUGUGGCACAACCUUAUGACUACAAUGAAAGAUAGACUAGUUUUUUCUAUGCACACGAAAUUGGGUUUUAUUCAUGGUGCAAGCAAAAUGAAAUCUAUUUUUAAGAAGUUCAAUAUAGAGGCUCGUUCAAAAGUAUCCACUGGAAAAAGAAGCCGGUAUGAAAUUGCAUAGCUUUCUCUUAGGCAAUACACAAUUAUAUUCAUCUUUUAUUUUAUUUUAAAGCAUCUCAGUGAAGAUCUUGAGGAUUCAUCAUGUUCAUCGGCACAAAAGAAAAUUAACAAGCAGUUUUACAAAUUUAUCGUAUUUCCUGGCAAAUGGAUAAAAAUCUGGUAUGAUCGACUUACCUUGCUGGCCCUGCUAGACAGGUAAACUUUUUUUAAAAAAAAUUACUAUUUUACAAUGACAUUUAUUUGUUCCUUAGAAUAGGGCUGGCAUUUCAGAUUCUGGGAGGUAGACCAAAGGGACUUAAAAGGAGGCGGAGAUUCAGUGUGAAAGGUCUACUCGCAGAUACGGUAGAGAUUAAAUUGUGAAACACUAGCAUAUUUUUGAAGAAAAUUCAUUAGGAUAUUUUCUUGUUUCAUUGUCAGCUAGCAGCCUUGUGCUGGGCUUUGCUCGGGAAUGCCAAGAAACCAAAAUGUUUUCGACGCAAAUAAACUAAUUUUGAAAACGCACAAAGGGUUUUUAAUAUCUUUGACAAUGCUAACGUUUGUAUAGACCCAUUUAUUGUAGCAAUCAUACAGAAACUGUGGGUUGCCAGAAAUGCACGUGCUCCUAAGGAAUAAUCACAUGUAAUUUGAAACAUGGGGAACAUUGAUGGUCUUCCUACCUUUAAAAAAAUAAUACUCUUGCCUGUCACUCUGACUCAGCAAUAUUUUGCAUGUACUGUGACUUCAGUACACACAUCUUGCUUUCUCACUCAUAAGGGCUUUUCUGUUUCCUUUGGUUGUGGGGGCAGGGGACAACUUUGCACAAAGAAGCCAUCUAAGGAUGGAGUAUUGUGUCUUCAUCAGGGCAUAAUACAGAUUUGUUUUGGGGCAUCCAGAGAAGGUUAAGCUGGAUGCAAAUUACUGAGAUGGAUAGUUAUAUAAAUUCAAUAAAUAAUAAUAAUAAUUAAUAAUAAUAAAAGUUAGUGCACAGUUAUGGACUUAAAUCCCUUUCGUUUCACUUAAUUUCUCUAGAUAGCACAUUGCACCUGCCCCCUCCUCUCCCUAAUGUUGCUAUAAAGAUAUGUUAUACAUAUGGUUGUAUUUCUUCUUUGAGUUAAAUACUUGUGUUUUAUUUCUAUAGGACAGAAGAUAUCAAGGAGAACGUUUUGGCAAUUCUACUAGUAAUCCUUGUUUCUUUUCUUGGCUUUGUAAUUAUGAACCAAGGUUUUUGUAAAGACAUUUGGAUCCUCCUGUUCUGUCUAAUCAUGGCAAGCUGUCAAUACUCCCUUCUAAAGGUAAAAGUAAAAAAAAGACAAAUUCAACAAAUACAUGUGGGGUCCUGUAAUUCACUCAUAGCUAAUGCGGUGAAUCUUGUUUUGUUUUCAGAGCAUUCAGCCUGAUCCUGCUUCACCAAUACAUGUAAGUUUCAUCCAACAGAUAAAAGCUUUUACCGGUGUCGUAUCUAUUCUGUCAGUUGGUUCAGCUGAAUUUCUGGAAAUAGUUGAAACAAGCCAUCUCUUUAGAAUCCUAACUCCAUUUUUCCAACUAAAAAGUUAAAACUCAAUAAAAUGACUCAGGUUGACUGACUUGCAUGUGACACAUUUUUCUCCUUGCUAAAUUAACUUGUACUUUGUCAUUCUGCAUGUCUGAAACACCCUUUUUGCAUGAGCACCAAAGUACUGUAGUAAUUUGGGAGAAGCAUGAUUAAAGAAUCAAUACUGGAGAGUUAUGAUAUAUACUAGGAAUGUUUUUAUCAAGUGGCAUCAAGCUGAGAUGCACGGGAUCUGCUAAUUGCAGGAACAGAAUCCACUUAUUUCCAGCUGACAAAGUGUGGCUUCUGAUGUUACUCAGAAGCAUUGAAAGAAAAUGUGCAAAUCACUUGCACAUCCCCUUUCCAUGCUUCCAGACACUGUCUGAAGCAGUGACUCACAUCCUUCCCUCCAUGGGGAGAUGUGUGCUGGAUGUGCAUCUUGAAAUCACACAUCUCCCCCAGUUUUGCUGCGUGAAUCAUUUGUUUUGGAUGUUAAAUGGGUUUCUGGUAAGAUGAGUUAUGCAAUUACUUGCUCAUCUACUUAUUUGGGCUUACACAGGUGAUAUCAAAAGUUGCCCACAGACCAUUAUAGAGAGUUCUAAAAAUCCAGGUAGUCAUUAUCAUAGUAAGCAGAGAAUAAGGAUUUGCCUUUUUAAAAUUGGCCUUGGUGUACAGAAUUCUUGGACAUUUAUUAGCUAUGGUCACUAUGAAUUCAAGGCAGAAGUCCUUUGUAAUGAAUGACACAUACCACCGUGAAAAUUCAAUUGUUUGCCAGUUUUAACUUGUCCUCACUCAAGGCUCCAGGUAGAAUUUAAUGUACUGUUUGAUUCUCUGCAGUAAAAGUAAAAAGGAUUGUGGCAUGUGACCGUUUAGAGACUUAUUUUGUCGGUUAUCAGCUGGCUAGGCUUAAUGCUGAUUAGAAGAAUGAUGACACCCCCCCCUGCAAAUAAUUGAUUUGCUACUUUUACAUACAAUAUAAUAUGUAAAAUAAAACUCAAUGAGUACCAGUGGACAAUAUCGUUAGAUAUAGCACUAUGUGUGUAACCUUGAACUCACAUACUCUAGUAUUGUGUGUGUUUGUGUUUCACAAAUGGUUGGAAGUCUGAUUUUUAUUUUUAUUUUGAAAUUGUUGACAGUGCUGGUUGAAUUAGUUAAUUGUGUCUGCCUUGUUGAGCAUAGACAGAAUGGCAUUUCUAUGGUUGUUAAACCUAUUUAUUUUAUAUGCUCAUAUGCCACACAAUAAACAAAGUAUCUAGGCAGUUAACAUACCCAUAAAACGGCAAAAAAGUGCUUAACAUCUGGACUGUGGUACACAAUAGAAACUGGGUUGAGCCAUAUAUCAAAAAAAGUUUGUGUAAACAGAUGAGUCUUGAGCAAACAUCUGAAGCAAAGUACUGAUGGUGUCUACUUAAUAUGAAUAAGGCAGGGGCUUCACGACUGGAUGCAGACAUACUGAAUGCCCUGUUUUUUGUAGAAGGAAAGCAAGCAUCAUGUGACACUCUUAACAGUUCUUCUCCAGCUGAGCAUAAAGACCAGGCAGGUAUGGGGCAAGUUAGUCCAAAGCUGUUCAGAGCUGUAUAUACUAUCAGCAGAAUCUUGGAUUUGACAUGAUAGCUAGUUAUAUGCAGUUGAGUUAUAUGCUGGUUAUGGGAAGCUGCCAUCAACAACUAGGCAGCUCCAUUCUGGUCUUGUCACAGCUUCCAGAUCAAACACAACAGGCCCAUCUAGAAUGAAUUAACGUAGUAGUCUGAUUUUGAGGUUGCCAAACCUGAAUCACAGUGACCAGGAAUCGAGGAAUGGGUGUAGUUGUCUCACCAUAUGAAGCUUAUAGAAAGGUAUUCUAGCCACCUAGACCACUUGGGCCUCCAGUGAUAUAGAUGGAUCCAGGAGUACCCCUAGGCUGUGAACCUGGUCUCUCAGAGGAAGUGUGACCCUGUUCAGAAUAGGUAAUCCCCUGGACACAGAAACCACCCACCCACAGCUCCCCCAUUUUACCAGGAAUUAAGCUUUAUUUAUUGGUCCUUAUCUUGCCCACUACUGCAUCCAGGCACCUAUCCAGUCCUCACACAGUGCCACCUGAUUCAGAUGUAAUAGGGAAGUAAGAGUUGAGGUUCAUCUGUGCACUGAUGACACCUCAUCCUAGUGACUGCUUCUAGAGGUUUCAUCAAGAUGCUGAAAAGCAUUAAUGAGAAAAUAAUACCCUGUGAUACUAGAUGCCAUAAACACUAUGGGGCCAAUGACUUCUCUCAGUGCUACCCUCUGGGCUUGACUCUAGAUUCUAUAAUUGCAACCACUAACCCAAUAUUAUCAACUUUUGAGUGACACCCACACUUAACUGGGAGUGAAUCUGGGAUCUCUCUUGCUCAUUUGUAGCUCUUUCCAAAUUUGUAUAAACCCUCCCUUGCAUCAGUCAGAAAGACUGUAAAACUUGAAUCCAGAACUCCAUGGGUUCAAAUUUAAAGACUCUGCAUGAUCUCAAAUCACCAAGUCAUUUUGCUGUCAAAAUUCACUGCAAUUCAUGUCACAGCUAACAUGCAAAUUAGUUAAUCCUGAACUUCAUUGUGUUUCUUUUCCUUGCAAGCAUAAAUAAAUCACAAAGCAUAUGGAAUUGCUAGAUACAUCAGAGCUGAAAAGCAUUUCAUGCUUAGAUGCAAACUGGGCAUUGCUAUUAGAGAGCACAUUAGUUUCUAGUUCCAAUCAUUACUACAUAUGAUUUCCAGUGAUUUAUAAGAAAUAAAUAUUCAGACCUCGCUAAAGAGGUAAUUUUCUCUGUGCUAAAUGUAAGUUCUGUUUGUCACUUAAACCAUAUAAAGUAGCAUGAGCGGUAAUCAAAUCAGUUGCAUGGGCAGACAUUAAUAAUGUGCACAUUUGUUUUAAAAUGAAAAGAAAUUGGCUUAAUCAAAAUUGCAUUAUAAUAACAUCAAAGCCUGAUUUGAAAGUACUGGCAGAGACAAAGCACCUAAUGAUUUUUAAUGAAAGCAUUUUUCUAAUGCAAUAUUGGGGACCUAAGUUCAGCAGUGGUAGUCAAGUUUUAUUGAAAUACUAAAUUUAUGGUUUCUUUUAUGAAAUGCUAUUAUAUAGGGAAACCUGCCCUAUUUUUGAUUUCACUGAUUCUGAUGUCUUUUUAGUAUGGCCAUUUCUUUCAAACCACCGUGCUGUGCAAUUAUAGGCUCUCCAUGUCCCCUGUUUUGCAAAAGCUUUGGGAAGAAAGACGUGGCGUCUGUUGUGCCCAUCAUGACUGUAAUAUGAGCACCCUCUCCACUCCUAUCGCCAGCUAUAUUAUCCAAACAAGUAACUCAGUCCUAUGAACAUCUGGAUGGAUCUCCACCCACAGGAUGCUCCUGUGGAAGAAUGGGAGAAGCACUUUAGCUAAUUCUCUCUGCAGCCUCCUAUGCACCCCCUGAAAAUCUGUUUGGAGUGUUAGGGGACCCUCUGGAACUGUGUGGGAAGAAACUCGACGGGCAAGGGCCGAAGGCAGAAUCAACAAAAGUCACCUCACAUACAACCUUUCUCCAGCAGGGAGCUUCUACUGGAUCUCAGUUCCUUCAUUGAACAGAAGAAGGAGCCUUUCUGUUUGCAGAGGGGCAAAUCCUACCAAACCUUGGGAUUGCAUGGACAUGCAGGGGACUGGAAAAGAGGGUGCAGCUACUUUGCUCAUCCACGCUGCUUUUAGCCGUCAUGUUAAGCUCAGUGGCGGAGCUUCAUGCUCUGGCACCGGGGGGCGGAGAGCAGGCGGGGGCAGGGCUGGUACAGGUCCUGGGGGCAUGGCACCCCACCAGGAUCACUUUGCCGGGGAUGGUGCGCUCCCCCUGCACCCCUCUUCCUCCGCCAGUGGUUAAGCUAAGACAAGGUUUAAUUGAUGUCACACAAUCCAUAGGUGUUCCCACCGAAGUACUUUCCAGUCCAUGCAACAUUCAGGCCCUCAACAUGCCUCAUAACAACAAAAGCACAAGUCUUCUAAAACUGGAUCAGUACCACACUAAACAGCAUCGUCAAAAAACAGAAGGGACUUCUCUGCUAACCAGAUCACCCUUCCCCAAAGACCUUGUGAAAGGAGAUCAUUUGACCAGUCUCCUGAAAAUCUGAAUGGACUUUGGAAGAAGGUUCCAUAAAGUUUUUGCGCUUCUACUUUCCCUUCUCUUCUGCGCCCAAGUCUUUUUCUUCUUGUUGUCAUUUUCAAAACCUCCUUUAUAUUUUUCAGAUAGCUUUACAGCAGCUUUUUCCAUGGCAAAAUGGAAAAGCAAGGCACAUAUAUAAGAGAUCUGAAACAGAGCAGUGCUUCAUAAUGUGUUACAAGCACCAACAUUUUUUCACAUUUUAUAAUACAUGCAAAUGGAAGCACAGGCACCCUUAUGAACGGCUCCGCAAGUCGGCAUGACAGGCUGCCAUAUUGUACUUCUUCAUAAUUCACAGAAUUGCAUUAAAGUGAAAGCACACAAGGCAGGUUGAUGCUAAUGCCAGGACACACAACAGCAGGGAAAUUAAAGAAUGAUUAGAGUCCCCACAUGUUUGCCCUUCAGUAUUAAAACAGCUGGGGGAGACUUGGCAUAACUGUCCCCGAGUGGUUUCCCCCAGGAUUUUUAUGUGAGAGCUAGAAGUGCUCUUCAUCUCAGGCUGUUUCCAUGGGUUUCGCAGUUUUGAAAAUUUGCACAGACUUCUUAGUUGGGGGUGGAGUGCCCCUGCCAAUGUUACGUUAGCAGGGAGCUGCUAUGUGGAUCCUUUCUGUGUCCUUCCAUACCAGUGGGUAUCUGACAGCGCACAGGAAAAGUGAAGAUCGCAUCUUCUCCUGCUGCCACUUUUGAGGUUUCCAGUAUGAAUCAACACUGAUCUUCCUACGUAUCCAAGAUCUUCCGGCAUUGCUGGGCUAAGGUUACUAGAUUUUUUUCAAUGAAUCCGGGGACACUUUUCAACUUCAGUGGAUUUUGUAUGGGGACUGAUUUGUAAAUCCGGGGACUGUCCCCAGGAAACGGGGACGUCUGGUAACCUUAUGCUGGGCAGCAUGGAAAGAACACGCAAUACAGCAGCUCCCAGGGUGCUGAACAUAAUGUUACAAGAGACACCCACAAAAGUGGGGCGAUGGUAUGAUCCUUUGACCACUUCAUCCAUGGCAUCAAUGGUACAAGACUUGUGGCUCCAUAUAAUUGCUAUUAAGCUGGUUCACAUGUAGCAUUAAACUGUGUCAAAAUAAACUCUGGCUUGACGUGGAUGAGUAGCAGGCUUUUGCACACAGUGAAUACCAGCGCAUUGCUUGUUUGCUUUAAACCAUUAAUUUUAACUAUGGUUCAGGAUUAUGUACAAACCAGGCCAUUGUAGUGUAAUGGCAUAUACAUUUGGAUUUUGAAAUAAAAAAGAAAAUCAUAAUAUACUGCUAUUCUCUGAUAUUUGAGAUGCAUAUCCUAAGUUUUGUACUUUUCAUGUUUUGCGCUAUGAAAAUUUGCACUUUGUGUAUGAAAGGGUAUAAUGGCAGCUUUAAAUAUAAAUAUGUUUUGUCUGUCUGCUUUUCUAGGGGCACAACCAGCUGAUAACGUACAGCAGGCCUGUGUAUUUUUGUAUAUUGUGUGGCCUUAUUUUAUUGCUAGAUGCAGGAUCCCAAAACAAAAGUCCCCCUAUUUAUACGGUAUAUGGCUUGAAGAUCUUCUCACCAGGAUCAUUUCGGGCAGCCAGAGACCAUGUGAUUGGUGAGUUAAACAUUAACAAUGGGCAGUCUGAUGCUCUUAUUUUGUCACUUCUUUUGCCUCUUUGCUUUUUAUCUCUGGGGUUCAGAAUGUGGUAGAGAAUAAACCUUUAAACAUGGAUGUAUGUCUUGUGUGUUGUACAUGGUCAAGCACUGGUAACCUCUGAUCUGUGUAGCGCAGGGACAAGGAAAUUCAGGCCUCUGUAUCUGACCCACAAAAACUUCCCCAAUUCACACCCCUCACUGGCCCUGUGUGUAGAAACAUCCUACUAUGCAAUGGUAAAAAUGACAUAUUUUUUAAAAAAAUAAUAUUUAUUGAUAAUUUCAAAAUUACAAGAAAAAUUAAAAAAUUGACAUUUGUUGCCCCACCCACUUUUGCCUCUGGUCUCACCAAUCACUGCCAUGUUCUUCUUGGAAGGUUGCCCGGUAGCGAAAGCUCACUUGGGUUGAAAAAGGUUCCCCACCCUGAUGUAAUGGAAGAUGCUGCUGAAGUUCUAAUAAUUUCGGGGGGUGUUUUCAGAAUGUUAGGAAUGUUCAGGUGUUGUUUAAUGUCUUUAUUAUGCAGUGCCAUGUUUUGUUUUGCUUUUUUUAAAAAAGAGCCUGAAAAGAGGUGGGACGUCUCUUUAAGAUAUAUUGCUGCUGCUCACCCUCCCCAAGCAGCCCCAUGUCUCCUCUCCCCACCUCACCCUGCUGACCUCCUCCAGCUGCUCCAAAUGCAUGUUUGUGGAGGAGAAAAUGCAGCUGGAGUCCUGAGAGAUGGGGAGAAGCGUGGUGAGAAAAUUCCAAUAGAAAAGUGGUGAAAGGGUUAAAUACCCCUCUGAGAUUACUUCUCUGCUCCAAAUUGACCCCUCUGGAAGAUGCAUUGAAGUAGUAGGGUUGUAACUUGAAACUUCUCAAUCAUUGGAGGGACAACACUGGAGACCAUUCUGCGUUGUCUUCUGCCAUUGGAAGUAACAUAGGGUAGGUAGCACAAGGGACUGGGCAUUCGCUGUCAUUGUGCCAAAGGAAGGAUGUUGCCACAGAGGUCCACCCAGUUGUAUUUCUGCCUACCUUUCAGGGUGCUGUGAAAACACCCAGUGUGCUUUUGGGGUGCAUAUUUACCAAAUUUAACAAUACCAUGUUUCAGAUGCUUUAAACUCCUUGGAGGAAAACUGAGAUAGAAAUGUGAAUAAAUAAACAUUUACUCUAUGUAUUUUAAAAAUUCUAAUUUUGUUUUUAUUCUUGGGGGUGGGUGGGGAUUGUUAGCCACUUCAAGAUCAAGCAUGUUAUUAUGAAGUAAGAGUUUUUAAAGCUGAUAGACAGAGAAUCAGAAGUCUUCUCUUUUUCUUUUCUUUCUUUGAGUUCUUAUGUUAAAAAUGCUUGAUAUUUGAUGUUGAUUUUUGUAUGUUUUUUAUUUGUUUUUCAACAAUAAAAAUAGCUUUAAAAAUAGAAAAGCUAGGUCCAACAGGGGAAGUACUUCCCAUGAGUGAUGUGGACAUUACGUGGCUGUGUUCUUGCAUAGUGUAACUGUAUUAUGAGUUCUGGAUGGUGCUGAAACUGAACUACACUGGUGAACAGAUAGCUUUUGUUCUGGAUUCCACCCCGGCUGACAUAACAAAAACACUGGCCUUAGUCCCUAGACCUGCCAAAGCUUGCUUGGCUCCACAACCUGACCCUGAGGGCUCUGGCAGACCUAGCCCUAAAGAGGAACAUUGAGGUUUGGUAACUCCCUGGGUAUAUCUUGUAAGGUCACCUCCUUGACUUAAAAACAAUAAUAAUUUAUUAUUUAUACCCCACCCAUCUGGCUGGGUUUCCCCAACCACUCUGGGUGGCUCCCAGCAUAAUAAUAAUAAUAAUAAUAAUAAUAAUAAUAAUAAUAAAGCAAUAAAACUUCAAACAUUAAAAACUUCCCUAAACAUGGCUGCCUUCAGAUGUCUUUCAAAAGUAAGAUAGUUGCUUAUUUCCUUGACAUCUGAUGGGAGGGCGUUCCACAGGGCAGGUGCCACUACCGAGAAGGCCCUCUGCCUAGUUCCCUGUAACCUCACUUCUCGCAGUGAGGGAACCACCUCAGUGUUGGACCUCAGUGUCUGGGCUGAACGAUGUGGUUGGAGACACUCCUUCAGGUAUACUGGAGGUAUAGUGACUUCCUGCAGAUAUACUGACUUCCUGCGGCCACUGAUGAGAUUCCGACAGCAACAGCGGAAAUCCACCAGUGAAUGAUAAGGCCUUUCUGUGAUAAGCACUGGCACAUAUAUCUUACAGUUCUGACACGCCAGUUUUACAGUUCUCUUGUUCUAGUCUCUCACAAUGAAAUGGCUUGUCUGCCAAACAAUCUCUCUCUCUCUCUCUCUCUCUCUCUCUCUCUCUCUCUCUCAACAUUUGGCCUCUUCCUCAUUAAGGGUCACUUAUAUUAUGCUUUUGGGGCAUAAUAUAAUUUUAUUCUCUCCUCCCACCCUAUUUUAAUGAUGGAUUUAAUUUCCCAUCUUAAUAAGUGUGUAAUUGGGCGAAUGGUUCCCUUAUUACUGAAGAAUGGGCCUUUUGACUCCAGCAGAUGUGUUUUUGUUAUUUCCUAUAGUUGCUUGGUAACCUGUUGAUUCGGUCUGCUCAUCAGUUAGCACUUAGGGUUGGAAGAAUUUAAUAAAUAAGAGAUAAGGAGUUUGGCUGGUGCAUUGGCUGAUGGCAUCAAAAAGCCCGUGAAGCCCUAGUGCCAAGCUAGUCUUCUUGUGCCAUUCUCCGAAAGGACCUCUCCAAACUCAGUGAAUGGACAGUAAAAUGGCAAAUACAAUUAAAUGUAGGCAAGUGUCAGGUGAUGCAUGUUGGGUCAAAAAAUAAUCAUCUUUAUUUCACAUAUAUGCUUAUGGGAUCUAAACUGGAGGUGACAGACCAGGAAUGAGACAUUGGGAUCAUAGUUAGCUACCUUGAUGAAGUUGUCAACCCAGUUUGCGGUAGCCGUGCCAAAGGCAAAUUCCAUGCUAGGGAUCAUUCGGAAAGGAAUUGAAAACACAUCAUUAUGCCAUUAUACAAAUCUUUGGUGCAGCCAGAUUUGGAAUAUUGUGGUAAGUUCUGGUCACCUCACCUCAAAAAGUAUAUUGUAAAGUUGGAACAGGUUCAGAAAAGGGCGACCAAAAUGAUGAAAGCCCUAAACGGCGUUGGAGCGUCUCCACCCACAUCGUUCUGCCCAGACACUGAGGUCCAGCGCUGAGGGCCUUCUGGCUGUUCCCUCACUGUGAGAAGCCAAAUUACAGGGAACCAGGCAGAGGGCCUUCUCGGUAGUGGCACCCACCCUGUGGAACACCCUCCCACCGGAUGUCAAAGAGAAAAACAACUACCAGACUUUUAGAAGACAUCUGAAGGCAGCCCUGUUUAGGGAAGCUUUUAAUGUUUGAUGGACUAUUGUAUUUUAAUAUUUCGUUGGAAGCCGCCCAGAGUGGCUGGAGAAACCCAGCCAGAUGGGUGGGGUAUAAAUAAUAAAUUAUGAUGAUUAUGAUGAUGAAAGGGAUGGAGCGGCUCCCCUAUGAGGAAAGGUUGCAAAGUUUGGGACUUUUUGGUUUAAAGAAAAGGUGACUAAGAGACAACAUGAUGGAAGUUUUUAAAAUUACACAAACCUGGAGAAAGUGAAUUGUGAUUCUCCCCAUGCCCCACCCUCCACAACACUAGAACAUGUGGACAUGAAAUGAAGCUGAAUGUUGGAAAGUUCAGGCCAGAUAAAAAAAAGUGCUUCUUCACACAACACAUAGUUAAAUUAUGGAACUCACUGCCACAGGAAGUAGCGAUGGCCACCAACUUGGAUAGCUUUUGAAAGAGGAUUAGACAAAUUUAUGGAGGGAGAGGGCUGUUGAGGGUCACUAGCCAUGAUGGCCGUCCUCUCCCUCUACAGUUGGAGCCAGCAGUUCUUCUGAAUUCCAGUAGCUGGAAGCUCUUGCGCUUGACUCCUGAUUACUGAUUUCCCACAGGCAUUUGGCCACUGUGAGAACAGGUUGCUGGACUAGAUGGGUCACUAGCCUGAUCCAGCAGGCUCUUCUUAUGUUCUUACAUACAAAUAUGUACUCAUAAUAGAGCUCAUAUACCUGUUCAACAGCUGCUCAAGAGAGGAGUGCAAAUGAAUGCCAGCAUAAGCACAUGAUUCAUCCAGUGGAUUUAUCUCACCACCACAUUUAUUUUAAUUUUAUGCUAGACAGCUUGAUAUCUUCUUUUGUUUUCUGUUGGAAAGGUGCAUGUCAUUAGAAUCUCUUAGGGACGUCAUAUUACAAAUCGUUGUUAACUGCCUAGAAUAAGAAAACCUUCCUUUCCCCCACCCCGCCUUAAUUCUCUCAACGUGAAGGCCUUCCUGGGUCAAUGUUUACAAAGCUGGAUGCCUUCACUGUGCUUGCCCAGUACUGAGCCAUGCAAGAACUGGCACCUUGUAAGAAAGGAGCCAAGUAACAGUGUGCCAGGUGCUGUAUAGUAAGAUGCGAAAGUUCGCACAAAAUGACUUUUGCUCCCCCGGCCCAUUUAUUUUCAUUUUCAUGGCAGAUUAGAAUAAAAAAUGUAGCCUGCCCAGUCUGCUUAAGUAACACAUGGUUUAUUCAUAGGGGAAAUUGCCAGAAAUAACAAAGUGUCCCGCUGCCCCACCAUAAGAUGCAGAACAAACAGUCUGUGUGCAAUUUGAGACCCAAUUUUCUACAGCCUCCCUAUGGCCCUGUUAACAUAGCUGUCUGAUUGCUUUUUUCUUGAACUGGAACUAUGACCCGACAAGAGGCGCCUCCCCCUCCUUUUCCCCAUGGAUUUCAGAUCAGAUUUUUGUUGGAUUUCUCAUGAUACAGCUCCAGCGUAACUGACUUUGCAGCAGUUAACAUGCUGUCCUGACACAAUAUGCUCCCUUCUGCCUGCUACAUAUUUGAAAUUGGAAAUGAGAUAAGCGAUUUCCCUCUGGCUUGUGUCAGAUCGGCUCAUAAACCAACCAAGAUGCUUCUCCAAAUAUCUGAACCCUCAACCCCCUCCCUCUUUUCUUCAACUGGUGUUCUGGGAGCAGCAAGAAGAGGAGAUGGAGGGAGGUCUUCCCACUUCUGGUGUGCUCCACCCCAUAAGGCCUUUCAAUAGCUCAGGGGAAGGAUAGUUUUCUCAAUGUAUGCUGGCAUUGCAGUCACAUAUGCACCUCACAUUUGCACUAAUUGGUCAUCAGCUCUGUAUCUAGUCCUAUAUCCAUAGGCCAACCACUCCUGAACAAGUUGUCCCUCUUAUAUGUCUACCUAAACAUCCAAUCAUUUCGUUGUAUCUUGACACUAAAAAGCUUCUACUCUUCGAGCUCUGUACUAGUCCACUAGGAUGUUGACCCCAUAGUGUAGGGAAUAAGAUCAAGGCAGUCUCCAGAGUUCACGAGGGUGUAAUCGUUUCUUCACCAAAUUGUAUUUUUAUUUAGACCAAUUAUUACAGUUUCACAUAACGGCAUUCAAUACAUUUAUAUUAUAGCCUUUUCAUGUGGCAACUCAGUAAGAUAAUAACAACAUCAACAAAGGAGGAAUGUGUAGGUAACAGCUUCAGUGGAGUCCCAACAGUUUCCCCAAAUCCCUUUCUUGAUUUUGUACUCUUAUAACAUAAUUUUUUUUCCAGGUGCAGGCAAUAAUCUAAUUUUCUGCCUCUCUGCAUGUUUAAUUUCAGGAUUUUUAUUUUGCUUUCCUGCCAUUUCCCUUCUUGGCCUUUUCCCACAAAUCAACACUUUCUGCAUAUAUCUCCUGGAACAAAUUGAUAUGCUGCUGUUUGGAGGUUCUGGUAAGUAACUUAUAUUGUGUAGAUAAUGCCUGCACACAACAACUCUCUCUCUUCAUGAUCAUCAACACGGAUAAAUAUGGCGACCAGAAAACCUUUGGUGUUGCCUCUUUGGUAGCAAUGCUGGCUGCAGCCAUCCAGCUAUUCAGCCAUCCAUCCAUGGAAGGGCUUGGGACACCGGGGUCUGAUGGCACUUUCUUGCGUCUGUGUCCCAUUGAGCAACCAGUCAGGUGCACUAAAUGCACCUCGUUCCAGCCUACAGCAGCCUUAGUGAGUUUCUGGGAGACCGGGGAGAAGUGAUGUUAAACAGGGCCUUCCUCCUCAAUCAUGGUUCUUCCUCUAGCCACUCCAUGCCUCUCCUCUUCAGCUGUUUUACUAUCCCAUCACAGGUCUUGCUUUUGUGGGCAGGCACUGUGGUCUGCCCACAGCCAUGUCCUGUUCGGCAAUCACUUUGAUAUGUGUUGAAUUAGUAAUGCUUCAGGUUGUCAUUUUGGUCUCUCCAGGUCCAAUAACUUGUUCGAUUUUUUGACUUGGGCAAAACCCUUGUCAUAAUUGGCAGGAAUCUAUCAAAGUAUCAUAGAAUUGUAGAGUUGGAAGGGACCCUGAGGAUCAUCUGGUCCUACCCUCUGCAAUGCAAAAAUAUGCAGCUGUCCAAUGUGGGAAUUGAACUUGCAACCUUGGCAUUAUCAGCGCCACGCUCUAACCAACCGAGCUAUCCAUGGCAUAUUUUAAUUUGUGCCAUAACAGCUAUAUCCAGAGAGGAAGCAGUGCAUUUUGAUUUUUGUAUUUCAGCUGCUGCCGGGAUGAUCUCUUCGCUGUACAGUAUUUUUCGGAGCUUCAUAGUUGUGAUUGUCCUGUACGCAUUCUGUUUCAAUGCAGUAAAGGUAAGAAGGGGAGUGAUUCUGGUGGCAAAGCAGGGCAGCUGCUACUGUGGUUCCAGUCUCAGUUUCUCUGUUUUCUUCUGUCUACAGACCUGUAUAGAUAAUGCUCAGAUUUGCAAUAUUUUUCCUCCUUGCAAAAAAAGGGGGAAAGUUUGUGAAACUUGGUGUAUUGUGCAUAUAUGCUUCAACAAGGAGACCCUGCAUCAUAACUUAUGUUUGUGGAACAUAAAUGUGGAAGGAAGGCCACUGUGCAAGUGGAGCAUCUCUUGUGAAAACUGAAAAAGGAGAAUUUAAAGUGGAAGGAGCUGGGAAAUAUUGUAUGCGAUUAUGGAGGAGAGAACGAAAAUCUUAAUGCUAACACAUUAAUCAGUUGCUUUGUAUAGUUUUGUGCUUUCCGAGGGUUAACUGAACUUCCAAAUCGCCUUUGGUAAAUAGCGUUAAGGACAAUCCUUUUAAACAUGUUCUGCCAUUUGCACAUCUUUUCACAGCACAAUCAACUAAAUUACAGCAGGCAGGUGGCUUUGUAGAUAAGCAAUCUUGCCCAUAGGCUCGACUUCAUACUGCUUUGAAAUGUGCUCAUAAUGCUACCCUGAAGUUGGAGUGCGCUGCAAAAGAUUUACAAGAUAUCUCCUUCAAAUUACACAUAUUAACUGCAGACUUUCUGUUCACACAGGAAAAUUAUGCCUCAUUUGAAUUUUUAUGACUGUUCUUUUUGAAGAUACUCCUAAAGCAGAAAAAUUAGGCAUGCAAAAACGAUACUACUUAUUUCACCUUCUAACCUUGGUCCACUCUGGAUUUGGAAUUUUCAUACCUCUUUAUGGUGAAGUGAAGGCCUACGUGAGCCUGAUUUCCUUUCUAAAAAUGACUUUCAUUUCCAUUUCAGGGCAUUCUUGUAGUGGAGUGGUGCACGCUCCAAAUUCAGUAGAAAGGGCAAUCAGAUUUCAUAGUGCUUUCCCUCCUGCUUUGCUUGUGGUCUGCAUAGAUAGAACAUAAUAAGAAAUACACACACAAACACUUUCUCCACACAGAGAUUGCUUGUCCUAUUGAUCAGUGCAAGUGGUCAUAGAGAACUGCAAAAUGAUAAAUAAGAAGGAAACAUUUUGGAUGUGUUUUAAUUGUUGUAACUCACCUUGGGAAACUUCAGGUAAAGGGCAGGCGAUAAAUUGUAAAAAUAACAAACAAACAAAAUAAAUAGUAAUAAAUGAACCAAGCAGAUGUGGAACAGAAGGAUUAAUAUAUAUUUGGGCGCGUGUGCACACACAUACACAUCCCUUGUCAUGUAGCAUUUUGCUGCUUGUGAAAUGUAAAACCCAAUGUGUUUAAAGCACACAAAACACAAUUUCAUGCAGUUCCCAGGAUUAUUGGGGAGGGGGAUGUGCUUUAAAUGUGUGGCGUACAUGCAACUUAGGUGACUGCAACCUCAAUACAAUUCAACAUCACAUCCUCUCCAGUGUGGUGUAGUGGUUAAGAGUGGUGGACUCGCAAUCUGGUGAACCGGGUUCGCAUCUCCGCUCCUCCACAUGCAGCUGCUGGGUGACCUUGGGCUAGUCACACUUCUCUGAAGUCUCUCAGCCCCACUCACCUCACAGAGUGUUUGUUGUCGGGGUGGAAGGGAAAGGAGAUUGUUAGCUGCUUUGAGACUCCUUAGGGUAGCGAUAAAGCGGGAUAUCAAAUCCAAACUCCUCCUCCUCCUCUUCUUCUCUCUUGUAAAUUAUCCUUUUUGAAACUCCUUCUUUAUCAUGGCCACCUCUUUCAGCAUGUGUAUUGAAAUGGGAUUGAAUUGAAGCUGGAACCUUCCUCAUGCAGCGUGUCUUCUCUGCCACUGUUCUGUGGCCCAGCCCCUGAGUUUGCAUUUCCCUCGGAAGCACUGAAAGACUUUUCGGACAACUGCCUGGCUUCAGAAGGCAGUGACGCAGCAAAGUUGUCAGAUGGGAGUUGUGCUGUCUGUGAAGGAAUAAGUAGUAAGGUGGAGACUCAAACCUGCCCAUCCCCUGAAUCCAAAGGAAGGCCUAGCUAGCAUCUUCGUUGCAGGAUCUACCAGGAGAUGACCAGCACUGUCCAUCAACUACCUAAUAGGACCCCAUUCCAGUUUUAACUUGGGCAGUUCCUUAGCCUUUGACUCUCUCAAAAUUAGCCCCCCAAAUCAAGGGGAAGUAGGCUUAUUUGUGGCAUGAUCCAACAUGGAGUUAAGAUGAUACCCCAUGAAGUCACUGAUGCCAUUCAAAUAAUUCCCCUGUAUCCUCCUGGUUAUGGUUUUUCCUAGUUUACAAAUGUUUAUUAUUCAUGCCCAGCCACUUAUUUUACAGUAAGUCUACACUGGAAACUGAUUUGCUAUCCCUGCUUUUAGGCUUUUAGUGGCAGUACAUGUGCUGGUGUGCAUUCUGUGCAUAUGUUCUCAGGCGCAUUGAAGUACAAAAUUGAUUUACAGGCUCCUGUAGCUAAUUACUGUUCAAGGCUUUCUUAACAGGUGGAAUUGGGAUAUUUAAAUUCUCUCACACCCAUUGAUUAUAUUAAUGAGGCAUGAAGUGUUUUGUGAGGCCCACUUUUUAGUACCAGUAACUUAAUCCACACACCCAUAACUUUGACUAAUUUGUCUUAAUUAACAUUUCUAAGCGGCAAACUCUACAACGUAAAGGUAAUCUUCAAACAGCUAGAAUUCUCAGCAGAUUUUUAAAACACGACUUGAUAUCCACAGAAGCACGUAUAAAAGAAAUCCAUGAUUUCAUUACAUUCUGUUCAUAGAGUCAAGAGAAAAACAUGAUCUGUAUUUACAAAUACUUCAGAAUAUGUGAGGCAGUUUUGGAGACAGGCUGCAAACUGGUAAAAGUUCUUUAAAUUAGAAAACUUUGGAGUCUUUCCUACAGCUAUUCGAAAGAUGAAAUAGCUUUCAAGUUUUACUAUCUAUUAUGAGUGAUAUGAUACUCACAAAUGUCAAAAUGAAUACGAUUGUGAUAUUUUUUUCAUUAUUUUCCUUAGCAACUUGGUUUUGAAUAUGUACUGAGUCUUACCUUAUUCUUUUAUUUAUAUAUUAAACUUAUAUAACCCACCCUUCCUCCCAAAGGAACCUGGCUGUCAGUCACACAAGUGAUAAAACAAUAAAAUAACUUCUAAAAGCACCUUAAAUUAAUGAAACUAUUAUUAGAGUGGCAACAGAAACGUCUGGACCUCAAAGCAGGGGAAAGAUAGGCAUUGCUUGCCUAUACAACGAUGGACCACAGAAUGCUGGCAUAAUUAGGCCCAAUUUUACUAGAUGUGCAAGCAAUGGCCAUAGUGUGACAUGCCACCAAGGGAGGCUGCUCCCAUCAGCUUUCAGUGGGUGUGAGGCAGCUCCCUAUACAGUUCCCGCCAAUUUCUUUCAUUUCUAGCUUUGCAAUGGAGACAUUGAAAUUGUCCACAAUAUGGCGGGAGCUAUAUAACACCUGUGGUUUGCCACAUGAAGCUGCUUCUGUGUGGUUUGCAUUGUUGUUUUACAGAACCAAUACGGCAGCAGUUGUCUAUAUUAAGCAAGUGAUGGAAGACACUGCUGUUUUAUCAACUAUUUUGCACUUUUAAGUGUUUUAAGACUACUCCAUGUCAUUGUGCUCAAAGGGAAAUGAGAUGGAUUCAUUAUAAAGUAUUCAUUGUUCCUCUGGGUCCGCAGGUUUGUUGGAAGGAGAUCGGUGGUCGGUCAGCGUGGUGGGCGAGUAGAAUUAUCUGACUUCCUGUGGUUUUCGUUGUUUCUUUUGCUGCUAACUGCUGAUUUGAAAAGCUAUUGUGGUUUAUAUAAGGAUGCUAUUGUGGUUUAUAUAAUUAUGCAGUGUGUCGGAAACAUCACAACUUCUCCCAGAUUAGAAUUAACAGUGUAAUUCUUCUAAUAUGUGGUGUUACAGUUGAAUUUAAGGACAUUUCCCCACCCCCAUUUACUUCUGCAGGAGCCGUGGGACGCUCAACACAUUCCUGCAUUGUUCUCUGCUUUCUGUGGCCUUUUAGUUGCCCUUUCAUACCAUCUCAGUAGGCAAAGUAGCGACCCGUCUGUUUUAAUGUAAGUCAUCAGCAAAUCCUUUUAUAGAUCUUUGUCACUAUGGCUUAUAUUGAUGCUCCUGUAAAAUUAACAGAAAUGGAAUGAUGUGGCUUUGAUCUGUGUGGUGAGCAUACCUGUGGGAGGAAAAUCUUCAGGAAAAUCAGAAGCGAGAGGGUUUCUUGAGGUUAGAAACCAUUGUGCUCGAUUGAUUUUUGGUUAGAUCCAGAAAGUCAAUUCUUACAUUUUUAUGAGGGGGGAAAUAGCAGGCUGUGCAUAUCCUGGGCUGGGACAUUAAGAGUGCAUCUAUAUGACGUGUGACAUGACAAACGGUGUCUUGACUCGUUGAUCACAGCGAUGCUCUGGGAAGCCCAAAUCUGCACAGAUUUUGCACAAGAAUGGAAUAAACACCCAUUAUAGCUCUUUAAAAUUCCCCCCAAAGUACAAACAUGUUUCCCCUUGUUGAAAAUGUACUCACUUUUCAUUCAUUCUUAUUUACAAAAAAAGAAGCUCCUGCGUUUUACUUUAAAUGAGGAGUUUUGUGUCCUUGAAAUCUUUGCUUGCUUGCCUUGUACAGUAUCUAAUCUCCUCUAAUACCUUUAAUCACAUCUCUGCAGUUUGAACUGCUCUUAAAUAUCUUGUUUGGGAUUAAAACACUUAUUUCUGAUAUUUAAAAAGCACCAAAUAUUCAUGGACUAACCACGAUUAAAGUGCAUAAUCCUCUUCCCUCCCCCAAAUUACUUUGAACUAAAUUAAAGGGUAUUCAAGGGAUUGCAAAUGUUCAGAUGAGAUGCAGUGCCAUAAAGAUGAAAAAGAAGUUGGAACACAAAACUAAAUUUGAAAUUAGCAUUCCCGCCCCCCAUUGAUACAGCAGUUCUUAACCUCUUAAUUAUGACUGGUUGAAAGAAAAGAUACACUAACAUUAAGUGUAAUUUUGCAAAACCCUUAAAUCAAUUCUCAAAUUGUUUUCAGUUUAUUUUCUCUAGUGCAUUAAAAAAAAUUUUUUUUUUAAAUGUAGGUGCUAAGGAUGUGGGGGCAAACUCACACCUUGAAAAUGAUACUGAUUUGCCUCUUAUGUUGUGUUUAUUUAACUCCUUUUUGCUCAGUCUCCACACACCCAAUUAACCAUUGCACAAGGGAGAGAGUGGGGAUGAAACCAUUGGUCCUGACUGCAAAGACCCCAUCUCUGCAUCCCACCAUGUCUCAUGGCCUGGAUGCUUUCAUGGAGAGUCUGCUGUACCUGAAUAGGCUCCUGAGACAAUGCAGAACCCUGAUCUUCCAGGUUUCUUAUUUCAUGGGGAACCUCAGAGUGGAAGGUCUGCUUCUCCCCAUACAAACCAUCCCAGACUCUGUGGUCAUCAUCUGAGACCCUUCUUUGUGUUCCUCUCCAUGUGAGAUCUGGAGGGUGGCAACACAAGAAAGGGCCUUUUCUGUAGUGGCUCCUCAUUUGUGGAAGGUUCUCCCCAGGGAGGUUCUCCUGGAACCUUCAUUAUAUAUUUUUAGGCAACAGCUGAAAGUGUUCCUCUUCAACCAGGCCUUUGGCUGAUUAAUACCUUUUAAAUGUAUCUUUGGGAAAGGGGGGUAUUGCUUUGUUGUUAUUGUUUUAAUUAUUUACUUGUGUUCUUACCUUGUAAUUUAUUCUGUGAUCUGCCCUGAGAUCUUGUGAUGAGGGGUGGUAUCUAAAUUUGAUAAAUAUAAAUAAAUACAACCUCCUUGUGGGUACCAUUGUUGACUUUCCGUCCCUGACACACAGAGGGCUGCAGGAACAGUGACACGAGGCACAUGGGAAGCCAAUGGCUGCAUCCCUGCUCUCCCCCUUAUAUGAUGGUAAUCACAGUUGGGGGGGCAGGGAGAAAAUAGCUAUACUUGUACCCAGACCAGUCCUGUAGUGUUGGCCUGUUAGUCAUGAGCAGUCACUUUCAGCCAGAUCCUGAAAUACCUCCAUGUGAUGGUCUGCUGAGUGGUGAUGAUCUUCUGUCAUGGGUCACCGUAGUGCAUCAGGGACUGGGUGGGGCUCAUAUUUUUGUAGUGGCUUCCCCUUGUUUUACCCAGACGAGUUAGAAAACAUAGCCACUAAUGCCUAGUUUGCCCUAUAAAUAGCUCAUUUACAAGCUGUUAUAUGAAAAUGUCCUAAAUGAGGGGUUUUUUUGUGUUUUUUUAAACCAGGUCUCUUAUUCAAUGUAAAUAUUUCCCUCACUUUCUGCAUCAACAUUUGGAAGAUUCACAAACUGAUCCGCUACCCGAGAAGAUGAGAGAGUCAGUGGUAGGUUUUGUUUCUUUGUUUUUACGGGGAGCCCAUGCAAAGGCGUCCUCUGAAAUCCCACAACCAUUCUGUGAUAUUAUUUCACACGCAAAGUGUCAAGAUGUCUGGUCAAAUUAUUUAAAUCUCUAGCAGAGAAGCAAGUCUGGGGUAGAGCUGCGAAUUGCUUCAGAUGAAUGACAGUGGAAGAAAGAAAGGCUUUAGGGACGACAAGGCUGCUUUCCUCGCUCUUAACUUUUCCUCCUUUGGCAUGUAGACGGAAGUCGCUGGGAUUCUUCAGCGCUGAAGGUGCUGCAAAAUUGCAUCUUGUGUGAAUGGAAAUCAUUAUGUCUUCCAUGAGAAAAUUAACAGGAGUUGCGUAUGACGCUUGUGGUUAAAACAGGCAUUAUCCGGGGUGUUGAUUAGAAACAGAACCUUAAAGCAGUCGUGUUGGGUCUCUGAUUUUGCUCAGAACAGCAGUGAAGGCUGAAAGGGGUUUAGCUUUCCCUUCCUGUGCCACUUCUGCAAUCUAAAUUGCUCCUCCAGAACUGUUGUUAGCUCACUACGGAAAAAGCACAUGCACAAUGUCGGUACCUGUACCUGUACUGGAGAAAAACCAUAGAUAGCUACUGAUAGAGAGGCUUGCAUGCAGAAGAUCCCAGGCAGCACUGGGGAAUACCCCUAUCUGAAACCCUGAAGAGCCUCUAGCAUUCAUUGCAGACCAGGGGGUAGAAAUAGUGCAAGGCCCAAAAUCACAUGAGAAUCCUUCAUGAGUAGAGAAAGCCCCCAUACCUUUGCUCUCAAAUGAGUAGAAUGCUAUUAAGGCACCAGGUGAUGCAUUGGAGGGGAUGGGGUUUGGCAGCAUGCCAUUGCCCUCCUUGUGUGCGUGACAUGUGAGGAGGACAAAUUCCUGUGUGCUCUGUAUGUGUGCAUGGAAAGCCAUGUCCAACACUGGCGUUUGGCCCCUGGAAAGUUGGCCAGGAGGGUUUAGCGCCCUCAGACCCCCAAAUAAAAAGGUUCCCCACUCCUACAGUAGUUAGUUCUAGGCUAGAGGGACCAAUUUGCUAGUCUGGCACCGUGUCCUAUAUUCUUACCUAUAUUUUUCCACACUAAGAUUAGCGGGGAGGAUUUUAGAUGGAGAAAACAGGUGUGUCAACCUGUUAAACAGUCGCUUCCCUCCACUGCUGUAUUAAUAAAAAUUGAAGGCCCCUGAGGACACUAUGCAUCCCCUGCUUUGUUUCUUUUUAAUUUCAAUCAUAGACCCCCCCCCCCACUUCACACCCUUCUUUUGUCAACUUACGACAAGCUGCUUUAAACUCACACGGCGAAUGCUGCUACACGCCAACCCAAUCGCCACAAGCUCUGCGAGAUUCCAGGGGUUGUAGGUGUGCCUUAAGCCAGCCAGGGCUUGUUUUCCUUUUGGACAAAUGAGGCAUAGCCAAGACUCUGGUGUCUUUAGGAUAUAUGGCUUAUUUACACAUAUAUACAACCUGAACCUAGAGGGGCUCGCAGCACUAGCACCCAAAAAGGUCCCUGCUUCUUCCAUAGCUUUAGCCUUUCACUCAAAUGGACAUCAAGCAUCAUCAUGCCCUGCCCCUCUCCAGUUUACAUUUCUGCUACUGGUCUGAACCCUCUGCUUUUAUCCCCUGAGGGAUAAAAAUGUGUUUUCUAGAUUAUUGAGUUGGGGGUUAUAGGCAGUGUUCUGUGUGUUUUAAAUACUACUAUUGUUAAUGUUUUUAUAUGCUGUUACUUGCCCUGGAUCUCUUCUCUCUGGUGAAAGGUGAAUGAAAAAGUAAUAUAAUAUAAUAUAAUAUAAUAUAAUAUAAUAUAAUAUAAUAUAAUAAUGUAAUUAAUGAAUGAUGCAGCCCUACCACGAAGCAGCAUGAGACAGCCACUUCAGGUAGCUGACAUUGUUAGUUAAAGUAAUUAAGAAAGUAAAGUAAUAAAUUGAAGUAUUUAUUCCCAGAGGUAGGGAGAAGGCCUUGUGGGAUUUUCUGCCUCAGGUACCAAAGUAGCUUGACACAUCAACUUUCAGCAGCGGAGGUGGUUGCUACAUUGCCUGAGGUAGCAAAAACUAUUGAACCAGCCCUGGAUUCCUCCGAAAUUAAUUAAAGGGCAUUUUUGACAACUCUAACAGCUAUAGACACAAUUCCUGCUCCUCUGCUUAAGUUUGUAAUAGAUACCGUUAAUGGGACUGACACUAGCAUCCAAGAGUUAGCAGAAAUCCCCACGUCACACCACUUGCCUCAUUUUGUGCCCAUGAAAUUCCAAAGUCCUGUCCACGUGGCAACUUCCUGCACUUCUGAUUGGGUACUGUGGACCAGACAGGGAUUGCAGAAAAGACCUUGGAAAAGGCAUAUUCCUUCCCCUGGCAUCUUCAGACCCAGAUUCAACUUUCAAGAUAUUUGUAAAUCAAGCAUCCCCUUAAGUGUUGACUAUGGUGAAUUGAACAAUAUUUUGCAGUGCCCAUCCACACUUGAAUAUAACUUGGUUUACAAGUUACAGCUUCCCUUAAGUGGGAUUUAUGUCCCUUGUGGCUUGCAGAGUCAAGCUGCAUCAAGUAAUAUUGUUAAAUGUUGAAUUGAAGUUGGCAUGUGAAAAAGUAAUAUAACAUAUGUGUGUUCCUGCCUAUCUAGACUGAUGAUUUCAGUUUGGUAAUAAGGAAUGUAAUAGCUAACGUGUGUUACACAUGUUUGUGUGUGCACACACAGAGAGAGUAUAGAAUUAUGUGGAUGAUAUUUAGCUUUAAGUUGGGUGCCUUGAAAUCAAUACCAUUUGAGCUGAAGAUAAUUGGUCCACUCUUCAGGAUGAAUCUAGAGGGAUUUACUAUUUAAAAUAAGCCUCUCUGAUUCCCCUCCAAAUUAGCAAUAACUUAGCACUGCAUUUUCCAGUGACCUUUGCUACAUUUUUGUUGCUUGAAUGGCACUGUAACAAUUGUCAGCCUUGGUGACUGGAAUCAACAAGGCGGCUGCAUUGGCUAAUUAACCACUCAACUUGGAGAAUGGAACUUCCUAGCUUUAUAAUUAAUUUCAUAGGCAUCCACACGGUUGAUUACUGCAUUAACCAGCAGCCUAAGGGUAUUCAUGUGUUACAUUCAAACUCUAACUUCUUUCCUGGACUGUAGCAGUAGUGGAGAAUCACAGCUCCAAAAAACCAAAAAAACAAAACAAACCGCAAUUAAAUGCAAAAAGAAGAAUUGCAUAGUUCUCUCAGAUUUGAGACAGGGUGGUAUGAAAUUGGCAUUUUCUUUGUAGAAGGUUAGAAGAAAGUCUAAACUAUCAAAAAUCGCAAUCCAAUUCCCAUCAGGUUCGUUUUUAGUGGGGGGUUUCCCCCCUUCCUGUUAUACAUAUUCCAAACACAGUGGGCUGAAUCUAUAGUCCCCCUGCUGCAUCUACACUGUUGGGUUCUGUUUUGCAUAUCUAUUGGUAUAACACCAUGGAUGGGAAUGUGCAUUACUAUCUGAUUUGUAAAGCAAAUGAGAAUAUGCCUCUCACCAACAAUAUUCAAUGCAGUAAUGCAGUGCAGCUCUAUAGUGUAUCCAGAUCGCAUCAGUGGAUACAAAUUUCAGUGCAAAUGUGCAUCACACCAUCUCCAAUAAAUCUUGACUCCAGUGGGAGAGAAAACAAAGUUGUAGAUGCAAACCCUAAGUGGUGGGCUUCGGUGGUGUUUCCAAGGGUGUUGGUGGCAUGCCUACUAUUUUUAUGCCUUGGGGGGAUUUUUUUGGUUGUGUGUUUUUCUGCUUGUGGGCUUAGCACAUGUACAGUAUAGAGGCCAUUCGUUCCACUGCCAGAGUAUACUGAAUUCCUGAGACUAUGCAAUUGCUCUGCCCUUUUGUUUCCAUUUUCUGUUGCUCUUCCCGACUGGCAUCAAGAUUACUAGAUGCGGCUAUACUUCUCUAUGCUCAUUAGAGGGCUGAUAUAAAUUGUAUUAUUUUUAUAUUACAUAACGUUAUGCUUUAGGAUAAAUAAAGCAGCAAAGCUUCAGCCAAGGAGCCAAUAAAUAAGUGGUUCAUUCGUGCUGUGCAGCUUUAUCCUAACAGUAACCCUGUCCCUUAGGCUAAGUUGAGAGAAAGUGAUUAGCCAAGGUGAACUUUAUGGCUGAUUGGGGGAUUCACUCCCAGGUCUCCCGAACUCCUAGUUUGACUCCGCUCGACCCACUAAGCACUGCUCCUGUACAAUCCCCAUGCAUUUCAGUGUGUGUGUGAGAGAGAGGGGGGGGUGUUUCCUGUGUUAGAGGUAACUAGUGUAACACUUUGCCAACUUUUUUUACUUGAACAGCAACUGGGGAAUGCUUUCAUUCAGGGCUUGCCCACAUUUUCGGGUGACCCAUGGGCAUAUUUUUGGGGUCCCAAGACACAUUUGCAAGCUGAAGAAGCUGUUGUGAGUGGCUCACACCCACCCACCCAACCAACCAAACACUGCAGUCUAUUAUGUUGGCUACAGCAGAAUGCCUUUUUUCAAGCCCCAUUUCAGCCUGGGGGGUUGCGGGGGGAGGGGACCCUGUGGGUGCCAGGGAAGGCCUCUGCCUGCGUGGAUGCCAUGCUGGCAACCCCUUAUUUGAGCAGUGACUGGUGUGAAUUUCAUUGCAACUGUCAACUUCUGAAGAUGGAGUAGCUUCAUUUAGCAAGUCAAAUUGGUCUUAACUUGAGUUUGAUCAUUUUAAAAUUAUAUUCACAGAGGGAAACCUUGAAAUCAGAUCUCAUUGUGUGCUCCGUGGCGGCUGUGCUGUCAUUUGCAGUCAGUGCCAGUACUGUUUUCUUGUCAUUAGGGGUAGGUAUUAUAAUUCCUUUCUUCUAUAUUAUUUCCUAAGAUAUUGUCUCUGUUAUUCAAAGUAAGGAGAUCUCAUUAUAGGCCAUUAUGGAAGACACAUUAGCAGACGAAGGAAUAUUUGCUUGUGAGUGGUACUGGGAGUUUUGUUUCACUUCACACAUAUGAAAAUCCAGUUUUUAAAUACGAGGUGCGAUGCACUAAGAUGUUUUUUGGCCAUGGUGACGCAAAGCCUCUGGUACAAAUUGGCUGAGCUACUGUAAUGCCUUGGAAAGUUUAUGAGCAUUCAGAAUACUGAGAAAACCUGCCAGCUCUAGGAUAUCUGUGACAGUAAGGCUUUCGUGAGUUGAAAUGAAAGGUUUUUGCCAAGAAAAGCCUGCCACAGUGUAAGGACAGGAGGUUCCCUAGAACCCUCGGCACUAGGGAGGAGUUGGGGGAAAGUCCUGUUGUGCUAGUGGAACUUAUUGCACUAGAUGCAGCUAGCUUAUCUUCUAGCAUUAUGUCCAAAUAAAGCAAUUGUAUGGAGUGUUUAUGUGCCACUAUUAGCAGUGGCCAGGUGACAGUGUCAUGCACUCCAAGAUCAUAACCAUUUCAGGUGAUCUUCACAUCCUGGCCAUAGUGUGUCAACCAAUUGCUGUAGCCCUUAUUUUCUGACUUCCAUUAAUAUUUAUCAUGGAAGCAAUUUCUGUAUACUGCCUGAAGCAUUCCUUGCGCUUCAGCCUUGUAUCUGGCAUAUUCUGAUUUUCUAUUGGCAUUCCGUUAAAAAAGACACUUUCUGUGUUUUAUGACCCAGCACAACGGACUCCUUAGGCUGUGAAUGUGCAAAAAACCAAACAAACCCAAACAAAAAGCAAGCGCGCGCACACACACACACACACACACACAGAGAGAGAACAAGUUUAGCAAAGGCGGGUGAAACACUACAGCAACCUUUCUCUUCUCUUGAACUAAAAUAUAAGUAGAUACUGUGUAAUAAAGCACAUGGUAAAGAGUAACUGAGAGACAGGAGAGUUUGCUUUUGUUUCCUCAGUCCCACAUCUGCCUGUACAAGCAUAUGUUUUCCAAAAUAAAAAUGGGCAAAUGUUGAAUGGAAACAGCAUUACAAAAAAUCAUGCGGUUCUUUUUUAAAAUAUAUAUAUUAUAGUACUUAAUAUAUUGUUUUUAAAUGAGAUUUUGUUUCCCCCCCCCCUUUUCUUCUCCUUUCAACGCAGCCAUUUCUCAGCAUUGUGCUUUAUGCUUUAGCAUGGACUGUGGGAUUCAUAACACACUACCUGAUUCCUCAGCUUCGCAAGCACCAUCCAUGGCUGUGGAUCUCCCACCCGAUCCUUAAAAAUAAAGAAUACCAGCAGAGAGAAUUAAGAGGUGUGUAAAAGCUUCUUCUUCUUUUUUUAAGAAAAAAGUUUUAAGUGACACUGUCUAUAUGUGCUUUACCUUAUAGUGAUUUUUUUGUACAUCAGUGAGAGUAAUCAUUCACAGAAUACAAAGGGAAAUGAAAACAGGCAGAUUGUGGCAAAGUCAGUUGUUGGGCGCAAGAAUAAUAGCAUAUCAGGGAUCAGGCAGAAGCCUCUCUGAAUGUGCGGUUGAGACACCAAGAGGAGAGAGAGACAGAAUCUAUCUGAUCCUGAAUUCUCUUUGCCCAUUUUAGUGAUAUUACUCAAAGUGGACUCUUGCAGAUAAAUUUGUAUAUAUAUGUAUAUCUCUUUAAAAAAAACCUGUAUCAAAGGCGUUUAAAAAUUUGCAAUCUAAAAACCAUACAAUAAAAGCAUUAAAAAGUUCAAAAAAUAAUAUAAAAGCAAAAACAUUAAAAACUUUUAUAAAGUCAAUUAAUUCCCCUGUGGACUCCAUUCUGAAUAGAACUCCCAUGGAUCAUGUAAACACACACCCCAUUUUUCAUUACUAAUUCUUGUUAGAUUGUUUCCCAUUGCAUUUAACUCAAUUGUUGCUAUGUAUCUUUGCAAACCUCAAAAUAAAUAUUGCAAGAAAGCAAUGCUGCAAAAUUGAUGCAUUUUGACCUACCAAGCUCUUCCUUAGGGUAUUCCUGUAAGCACAUCCAGCAAUCGCAUUUGCGUGCAGAGCUGUUCCUGAUUCAGGUGCUAGCAGUCAGAUUGCUGCAUGCGCUUGUGGGAAGGAAGCAUAAGGAAACAGGUCAGGGGUGAGAGGAAGCGAGACAGGUGAGCUAUCCCUCUUCCUGCUGAAUUCGUCUACCCUCUCUCUGUGUGUGAUGAUCCUGGAUCAUGGCUUGUUUUUACCUUUGACUGGAGAGAAGUAAAACACAACAAUUUAGGAAAGUAUAUUUGAACAAAUAAAGUUUGACAAUAGAAAGCAGCAUUGCUGAAUUACUGAAACUGGUUUUUUUGUGAUUGCUUUUCUUCCUUUCUUUUUGUAUAUCCGUUCAGCAUUUCGACUGCUGUCAGGGAUGGUAAUUUGCUGUUCUCUCAGUGACCUCAACCCACUAAGCCCUGCUGCUAUGCAAUUUCCUAGAGGCCUGGCAGAGAUUCAGUAAAGAACUAAUUGGCAUAAACGGAUAUUGUGUUGUAGUAGUGGAUGACAAGUUUCUCCCUUUGUGUAAAACAACCUUUACAACCUGCGUCCUCUAUUUAUGUCAGCCAACUAACCUGAGCGCUUGUAGUUGUUCUGCCCUUUGACUUUAGUUUUGUCCAUUUUAUCAGGAAGCUAUUUAUAUGAAGUCAGACCAUUGGUCCAUCUGGCUCUGUGUUGCCUGUUCUGAUUGGCAGCAACUCUCCAAGGUUUCAGGCAGGGAGUUUAGCUGGAUAUGGCAGAGAUUGGACCUGGAACCUUUUGAAUGCAAAGCAGAUGCUCUGCUGGGGAAGCUGUAGUCCUUCCCCAAGCUUCUUACUGGCUCCCGGUGGAGUACAGGAUCAGGUUUAAGGUGCUGGUUUUAACCUUUAAAGCCCUAUACGGCUUAGGACCCUUGUACCUACGGGACCAUCUCUCCUGGUAUGUCCCACAGAGGAACUUACGGUCUUCAAAUAAAAACAUCCUGAAGGUCCCAGGCAACAGAGAGGUUAGGCUGGCCUCAACUAGAGCCAGGGCUUUUUCGGCUGUGGCUCCAAUCUGGUAGAACGCUCUGUCACAAGAGACUAGGGCCCUGCAGGACUUGACAUCUUUCCACAGGGCCUGCAAGACAGAGCUGUUCCACCAGGCCUUUGGUCAGGGCACAGCCUGACUCCCUCCUUUGGCAAUCUUUACAGAACUUAAGCUUAUGGUUGUCAUCAAUUUAAUUUUAAUUAAUUUUUAUAAUGAAAUGUUUUUAGAAUGUUGCACUAUUUUAUUGUUGUUAGCCGCCCUGAGCCUGGCUUCGGCUGGGGAGGGCGGGAUAUAAAUAAAAUUUAUUAUUACUAUUAUUAUUAAAAAGAAACAAGAGCAAAAAACCCACUGCAUUCUGAUUAAUGAGUUUAAUGCAGGGUGUGCAACCCAUAAUUUUAAAAUGCAUCUCAGUGUUUAAAUUUCUGGCAGAAUUCUUUUUCAGCUAUUUGGAUGCAAACUAAAGUUCGGGUGACAUGAAUACAUGAGACUGUGAUUUAAAUUUCCUGCCCUGUAGUGUCGUGAGGAACAUUAAAAUUGAGUUUUUAAAAAAGUCAUAUUGUGGGUAUUUUGGAAUUGCUAUCUUCAGCAGGUGGUGUCUGGAGACUUCAUUCCAGUUCUCCUAGAAAUCUGUUGGCUGGGAGCCAGCUUGUCUUUGGAUAACCCUCACUUUUUCUUUGCUCCAAUUAAGAAACUUGCUGUCAAUUUUUGAUGGGUCUGUGCUUUAAUCACUCUCAAUGUGUGUUUUUGACGUGUUUGAAGAUAAGAACGUCAAGACAGUAGGUCUCGUCUGUGACCUCAGUCUCUUCUUGAAACCAAGCCAACUAGAUACACUGCAGAGAAACAUAUUUAUAAGAUGCAUUAUUUAAAUAAAAAAGAGAUGCAUUGUAAUGUUAAGUGUCUUUGGCAGGAGGGUGUUGCAUGGAAAUAUAUUCGCAGAACAAUCAAUCUCGAAAGAGGGUCUUUGAUACCAAAAUGUACCGAAGAAUUUCUAGUUUUUUACAGUUUAUUACAGAAUGACUUGAAAGAGUAAAUGAAGUGCAGGUCUCCUUUGUUGGUUUAAUUCCAGAUGAAAAUAAAAUGCUAACAGCCAGUGAGUGUUAGAAAUGACUUUGCAUUCUGGCAUUGCUUACAUUUAUGACCCAGCCUUCUGAUGCAAUCUUCUGGACUUUGUUUUCAUACUAGCAGACCAGGAUUGUGAUGCACUCCACCUAAUACUUUAUUAUUAUAUGGCACAAGAUUCAACUUUGUUUCCCCACCCCCCCAAAGAAUUCUUCCAAAGCCAACAAUAUUAUCUAAGCUAUUAUUUGUGCCCAGGUUGGAAACCAAAUGUGUUUCAAGCUAAGGGUUACCUGGCUCAGUUCAGAAGGUAAAAUGUUAAGUACUAGAAGAAGAAGAAAACCACCUGCAACCAAUGUAUCUUUGAAGAAGAUAUUGACUCUCUGAUUUGAAAUAGUCACCCCAGCUUAAGAUGUGUUGGGUUUCCUGCCUGCUUAAUAACUUCCCACCUGCUACUGACCUGCCUUCUCUGGCGUUUUUGCUGUUUCACUGCUAUUCUCAUAUAGUGCUAUGGCUUGUGCAUCCCCUUAGUUAAGACUAGUUUUCUUCACUGCAAUUUUCUGUUGCUUCUAGAACUGCUGUUAAAUCUGUAUUCUUAUGGAGCUCUGAUCUAAUUACAUCUGCAAUACUGACCAGGGAUCCAACGCUUAAUCAACUUCUAGUUGCUCAUAUGAAUCCAAUGCCCCUUUGGAGUUUCACUUUGGUAUCCUAGCACGUUUCAGAUUUUGAUGAGAGAUCAACACCCCCCCCAUCGGAGCCAAUUUUGGCAUUCACAUUCCAUGUGAUAAAUCAAUAAAUCAGCUAAUGCCAUGUGUGAGACAGAUGAGCUAUACCCUGUUAUGCACAGCAAGAGUUUUGACAUCACUUUGUUUUGAAAUGUUCAGGUGCUGCCCAUUUAAUGUGGUUUGAAAGACUCUAUGUGUGGCUUCAGUGUUUUGAAAAGUACAUCUUGUAUCCGGCAAUAAUACUGAAUGCCCUCACCAAUGACGCCUUCUCAAUCAGCAAAUACAAGAGGCUGACUCCACAGUAAGUUACUUAAAUGUUGUGAUACAUUAUUUGUAGAUUAAGAGCUGGACAAUAUCAUUUAUGCAUCUGGUCUACCAUUUAGGCUUCCACAACUUGUGACAUGCCUCUCCUAAACUGCUGUCACCUACAGCAGCCAUUAUUUAUAACUGGAGAGGUGCUUGAUGUCUCUCCUGCCUCUUCCUCCAGGUUGGCCUACCCAUUGGCCGCAUUGAGACCUUUGCAUCAGAUGGUGCGACAGGAAAGGCCAUGGAUUUAUGUGCCCUCACCCCACUAACUCACCACUGUUUAGUGUUGUAAGAGUGCUUCUUUGCUGAAAGUGGGACUGUCCAGUGGGGCCUCUUCCUUGGAAGUGCUUUUCCCCAGAAUGAGGUAUGCUGAGCAAGGCGGCCUCAGAGAUUUGUUUACCCCUACACACAUGGGGCCAUAGGAACUCUGAUUCAGGUGGCAAAAUGUCUUGCACUAACCCUGGCCAUGCAGGCAUCAUGAGCCUGAACCUAGUGGGCUGCCAUAUGUGCCUGGAGGAUAGCAUUUGCUCUUCCCCUUGCCCUUCCUUCUUGGACUUCAUUCUUCUCCAGGGAUGCCAAACCCAGCAAGUGCUCUUAUGACGUUGGAGCAUGCCUGCCAAUGAGUUCAGAACUCGUCUUAUCUGUGUUGCUUUCAAAACUGAAAGUACGGAUGAGAGAAGAAGCUCUGACAGCCUCCAAAAGAGUUUCUGACAUUUCAUUCACAUGGCAACAUUUAGCUGAUUGUUUGGAGUAGUCUUAUCUCUAGCGAACCUAAAGAUCUGCUUGAAGGGACAUGGAGCAAAAAAUAAGUGCCUUUUAGAUUCAUGUCCACCGAAAUCCAUCCAGGCUGAAAAUCCCAAAUGAAUGACCAGAGCACAACAUGUAUCAAGGUCUUGAAAAUACUGGCACAUGUCGCUCAUUGGAGAAGACAUUCUGAAACCUUGUGGCUUGUUUUCAUUUAAUUUGAAGAUAGUGGCAGCAUCACAGUUCCUUUAUGAAACUGUGCAGGAUUUGCAUCAAUAACUUAUCUCAGGAAUGGGGAAACCUGUGGCCCUCUAGAUGCUGCUGGACUCCAACUCCUGUCCUCCCUCACUAUUAGCAGUGUGGCUGGGGCUUAUGGGAGUUUCAGCCCAAUAACUUCUGGGGGACCUCAAUUUCCCCAUCACUGCUUUACCAUCCCUUCUCUGAGGUGACAUAAUUCCCACUUGGCUGAUUUCAGUAGUCAACCCAUACAGUAGUUUCUUUCCAUGGAUGAAAGGUACAUCACUUUGGGAAUGGGUCAGGCAAGCUUCUAUUACAAAAGGAAAUUGCUUGGUUCACUGAGGUAAAAAUAACUAAAACAGAACACAUUUGCAAUCUUAUAUGAAAGUCAAGGAAGGGCAACCCCCUUCACAAUGAACCCCCGUUUUUCUGCUACCCCAACUGGUAGUUCCCUGUCCCAUUUGUGCAAGAGGUUUGUGACCUUCUUCCAUUCUUUUCACUGCCACAGCCUGCUUUUUCUACUGUGUGCUCUUUACUUUUUUAACAUAAGGAAGAUUUCAAAGAGGUUAUGCAAUGCCUAUAUGUAUAUUAUGUCUAUUAUGUCUAUUAUUAUGUCUAUUAACCUAGGAGCAAUUAUUAUGUAAUAUUUAUUGGAAAAUUGCAUUAAAAAAAUAAAAUUAUUUUCCACAGCAAAAAUGGAUCAAUGUACAAAUAUAGGUGUAAAACAAAGAGCACAAUGCCUACUAAAAGAUAGAAGCAAGAAUUCUGGGAAGUUUGCCAACUAUCUUUCUUUAUGUUCUAAUUUUCUAGUACUUAACAGUAUGUUGACACCAAAACUCUUAUAAUGAUUAAUGAUCUCUGAAAACAUAUAACGCUGUGCUUUCAGCAGGGAAAUCAGUUUAAUUCAUGGGUACAUCUUUCAGAUAUGUUAUACAUAUACUAGAUAAGGACACCAGCCUUUUAAAUCGUUAUUUAUUUGAAAUUUGUUCCAAAGGAUUCAGGGGAAGUUGUGUUAUACCAUUUCAUCUUAAUUCUUUCAAUAGACUUGUGUGGUUGAGCUGGGAAAUAGUGACUGGCCCAAAAUCAUCCAGUGGGCUAAAAGGCAGAGCAGAAAUUUGAAUCUGCAUAUCCUGCUUAAUGCUGCCCAUUGUGCAGCACUUUCUCCUCUCUUCCUUUCCCUUGUAGUCUUUUCAUGUGCCCCCAAACUCUGCUUUGGGACAUUCCUCAACCCUCGAGCAGAUUUGGGGGGCACCCAGGGAGGGAGAAGAAGAAUGGGAAGUCACAUCAUGCAAGUGAAAGUCCAGUCACAUGAUGAAGUCUGGUCAAGGAAAUUGCCGAUGUUAUCUCAGCGCCUCUGUCUAUUAUCUGUGAGAAUUCUUGGAGAACAGAGGAGGUUCCUGCAGACUGGAAGUGGGCAGGUGCUGUCCCGAUCUUCAAAAGGGGGGUGGGGAGAAGACCCAGGUAACUACCAGCCAGUCAACUUGAUGUCAAUACCAGGAAAGGUCCUAGAACAGAUAAUUAAACAUUUGGUCUGUGAUUACUAAGACCCAUCAUGGGUUUCUCAAAGACAAGUCAUGCCAGGCAAACCCAAAGAGUGCUCACUAAUGGUUCCUCGUCAUCCUGGAAAAAAGUGACAAGUGAGGUGCUGCAGGGUUCUGUCCUGGGCCCGUUGUUGUUCAACAUCUUUAUAAAUGACUUGGAUGAAGGAAUUGAGGGAAUGCUCAUCACAUUUGCAGAUGACACCAAACUGGGAUGGGUAGCAAAUGCUACUGAAGGCAGAAUCAGGAUACAAGAUGACCUUAACAGAUUGGAGAACUGGAGCCCAGACUAAGAAAAUGAAUUUCAGUAGGGACAAAUGUAGGAUUUUACAUUUAGGCACGAAGAACCAGCUGCACAAAUAUAAGAUGGGGGACAGUAGUACAUGUAAAAAGGAUCUAGGGGUCUUAGUAGACCACAAGCUGAACAUCAACAGUGUGGUGCAGCAGCAGCAGAAUGAAUGAAUGAAUGAAUGAAUAGCUAAUGCAUCAACAGAAGUAUAGUGUCCAGAUCAAGGGAAGUAAUAGUGCCAUUCUAUUCUGCUUGCUUAGACCACACCUGGAGUAUAGUGUCCAGUUCUGGGCACUACAAUUUAAGAAGGAUGUUGACAAGCUGGAACGUGUGCAAGGAGGGCAACCAAGAUGAUCAGGGUUCUGGAAACCAAGCCUUAUGAUGAAUGGUUGAGGGAAUUGGGUAUGUUUAGCCAAGAGACGGCUGAGAGAUGAUAGCCAUCUUCAGAUAUCUAAAGGGCUGUCUCAUGGAAGAUAGAACAAGCUUAUUUUCUCCUGCUUCUGAUGGUAGGACCCAAACCAAUGGUUUCUAGAUACAAGAAAGGAGAUUAUGACUAAACAUCAGGAAGAACUAUCUGACAGUAACAGCUAGAAUGGACUUCCUAUGAAGGUGGUGGACUCUUCUUCAUUGGAGGUUUUAAAGCAGAAGUUAGGUGUCUAUCCAAUAUGGAUUCUUUAGUUGAGAUUCAUGCAUUGCAGGGAGUUGGAUUAGAUGACCCUCAGGUUCCUUCCAAUUCUACAGUUCUAUGACUCUAUUAUGUUGAAUGCCACCUCCUGUCUUUUAAUACAGGACCCGUCCAGAUUACUUUGGAGAGCCAUGUCAUUGUGUUUUGAUUCAAUAAAGUCAAUUAAAAAAUGGUACUACUGCCAGACAUAAAUAGUCACCUUUGUAUAGUGAUUAGUUAAACGAAACAGAAACCAUCCUAAUAAGUUGUUCUAUUGAAGCUUUACUUUCCUGAUUUUUUUCUUUCUUUUCUUUCUUUUCCCUCUUGCAGCUGUGAUAUCUUUCUGAUUACAAUUGCGGGAAUGAAGCUAUUGCGGUCUUCAUUUUGUAAUCCCAUUCACCAGUUUGUUACAUUAAGCUUUACUGUCAUCUUCUUCCAGUUUGACUACUAUGGUAACUCCGAUAACUUCUUGUUGAAUUUCUUCAUGAUGUCCAUUGUGUUUAAUAAGGCAAGUGAAUUGUUACUUAAAACUCUGUCACAAUUUUGAGUGUUUAAGAAAAAGAAACAAAAAUCCAUAACUAAUAACAUGUGUCUAACUGUAUCGUAAGGGACGCGGGUGGCGCUGUGGGUUAAACCACAGAGCCUUGGACUUGCCGAUCAGAAGGUUGGCGGUUCGAAUCCCCACGACGGGGUGAGCUCCCGUUGCUUGGUCCCUGCUCCUGCCAACCUAGCAGUUCAAAAGCACAUCCAAGUGCAAGUAGAUAAAUAGGUACCGCUUCAGAGGGAAGGUAAACGGCGUAUCCGUGCACUGCUCUGGUUCGCCAAAAGCGGCUUAGUCAUGCUGGCCACAUGACCCGGAAGCUGUACGCUGGCUCCCUCAGCCAAUAAAGCGAGAUGAGCGCCGCAACCCCAGAGUCGGCCACGACUGGACCUAAUGGUCAGGGGUCCCUUUACCUUUACUAACUGUAUCGUACAAUAACACCUGAAAAACAUAGUUAACAUGUCACAUUAAAGCAUAGUCUAAAAGAAACAAAAUGGAAGUUCCAGCUCAUGCUGCUGCUGCUAGGAAACAAACCAGGCUCUGAUUGGCUGGAAUAUCUGACCCUGUGUUCCUUGUUUGUUAUUCUCCAAACAAACCACAAGAGGUAACCAAGGCUGUUUCUUGUCUUACUGAUGGUUUGUUUGGAAAGAAACAAACCAUGACUUGUGCCAAACCCGGAAAUGACCCCAAAAGUCACAAAAAGUCACAAAAAGUGACAGGGUGAGGGAGGAGGGUUUGUAGGCUUUUUCAAUGGUGUUUCAAAUAUACAGGAUUUCACUUAAAUGCUUGGUGCCUUGGAACAUAACUCUCACAUAAUUUGGGGGUUGCCUGUACUAAAAUCUCAAGUACAUAUAUUACAGGUUUACUGAAGAAAUGCUACAGGCUAUGGGCCAAUUAAACACAUUUUUGAGAGGCAGAUCUUGAUUAGUCUUAGAGGUUUAGAACUUCCCUAAAAGUUUAUAUGAGUUUAUUUGGGGCAAAUGUUUUAUAUAUCUAUAGAUCUAUACCCAUUAACUAUUGAGAAGUUGACCAUGGUAGCAAUAUCUUGGGAAACAAGUGAAUAAAAUGGAAAUAGCAUGUGCGGAGUAGUCGUGCUGAAAUUGUUUCAUUCAGAGGCAUGCUGAGACAAUGAGUGAAAAGUACAAUCUCAUUGAGCUGGUAAUUAGAGAUUUGCGGUGACUCUGUAAAUGAAAUACUUAUAGGAUUGCUGGGUUUUGAAGAUUAAUUAUUACAUUUUGCAGGUUAUUAUUUCAUCACAUGGAUCUAAAUCCCCAAGAAUCUCUGAAAUGUUGUGGGCUGGCCUUUAAAAAAAUUAAUUUGGGGUAACUUUAUUCCUAUGAAAAGCCUAUCUGUCAGGUCCCUGCUCAGAUGGCGUCAGGCACUGUAUCUGUAACUUUCCCAACUCUCUAUGGUCCAUUCUGCUUCAGCAAGAAAAGGAACUGACAGCUUCAAUCAAUGCACUGUUCAAUCACCAUAAUGUUGACAACUAUUUUUGAAAGAUAGAAAGCACAUUUUUGCUGCCACCACCUUUGGCUAUGUAGAAAUAACUCUGGAAGUGACAGCCAGGAACUUAUUAUUCUCUGAAGGUGUGAUUUUUCCCAUGUCUGAGCAGCAAGGCUUUUUCCUAAGUGUUGUAAGUCUGUAUAAUCAUUUCAGUAGAAAAAACAAUCCGUGUGAAGCCACGGUUGAAGAAGCAUAUCCAUUUUUCCACUAAAGGAAAUGAAAUAAACCCACAGUAGACAACAUCUCCAGCUUUGUUAUUCUAGGUUAGAUGACACUUACUUCAUCUGUCCUCAGUAACGUGCUUUGCAAUGGUGACGGGGGUCACAGCUGGCAAGAGAAGGGGUAUCCCUUCCUCCUCAUCUGUGACUGCCCCCCACGCCCCAAAUUGUCCCACUGCUGUAAUUAGGCUUGAAAUAAAGCUUUCUGUUGUAGCCAGUGGAAGGAAGUCUAAUUACAGUGUAUGGGGCAUUUGCUGUGUGGGCGGGUCACAGCUGGGGAGGGGAGAGCCCCCCCAACCCCCUUUGCAAUUAGGCUUAAAUAGCCUUCUAUUGACUACAAAAUAAAGCUUCUUUCAAGCCUAAUUUGAGCAAGAGAAGGCAGUGGGCACCUGUGGGCCUCAAGGAAGGGCCUCUGCAGACUUCUGAACACCUGCAAGCGCCACAUUGGUGACCCAUGUAUGUAAUUAAUGCAGUCCAGUGAGGAUGCAAAUCAUCCUCACUGCUCACAGGGCAUUGCUUUCCACAGCCACUUUCAUCCCCCUAUUAGCUCCUUGUAGCUGCUUUUGGAUGUGCUACCGCAUACUGGAACAUCCAGUUCAGUAAAUUGGUUGGGAGCCCUGCCCCCAGAACCAAAAUUAAAAUGGUGCAUAAAGGUAUUGGGAGGGCUGUGCAUGGAUGAUGCGUUUUGGCUGUGAUCCAGGAUUAGAAAUAGCCAUACGAUAUGUAGGGAACUGAGACUGAUCGAAAUAGUGGAGGAUAAUUGACCGUUAGUUAUUUACUGGGAGGCUCUGCUUUCCUUUGGACCACAUCAGUGAGGGCGAGAGGGUAGGUCUUGUUAUCUGGGCAGCCCAGGUUCUCCGUGCACAAUGCCCAGGCCUGCACCCCAGGAAAGUUACUUCAGUGUUGCUAGCACAGCAGUUUGACUUCAUCCCAAAUUUUUCACCCCAUUUUCCCUUGAGACGGAUGAGUGCCAACAGCAGAUUCCCUGUUUCUUCCCACUGUUUCUUCUCUGGAAAUACCCUUUAUGCCACUUCUUUGCAUGAUUGCAAUGGUUGUUUAUUAGAGACCGGUGAACUUUAAGUUUGCCAUGGGAAAUUGCUGGUGUUCACAUCCCCCUACAGACAGAUAACAAAAGUGGAACCAAGUUGUCCAAAAGAAUUAAGCCCUUCACAAACUGCAAUAAUCUAUCUUGCCUGGUGAGUGGUGUCUCUUGAAUACACAUAGAGAGUCUGAUAAGUUCCAUUUGGAUUAUUUCAUCAUACAACAACCCAGUGUUGUAAAGAUAUGUUCAGUGAUAGGACAGAAAUCCACUGGCCUUUUUAUUCUGAUAAGCAACAUAAUCACCUGAAAUCCAAAACAUUUGUUGAAAAGGUCUUUGAUAUCUCAGUCUGAAAUGUUUUAUAUGUUCAGUUGAACCCUUGUCCUUUGGCAAUAUGUGUGCUUGGCUCCGAUUAAGGUCAAAACCUGUCAAAAUUUCUUAUGAAAAACGUUACAAAAUGAAUCUGUCAACUUAAUCUGCUCAGCACAAGACCACCUGCUGGGCUUCUCCUUGAGGUUGUAAUGAAACUUCCUCAUCUGCAAGAAAAAUGGACUGUUCUUCAUUUAUGGAAAGCUCUUUGAUACAACUGAGCCUUUUAUGAAUGGUAUGGGGAGGAAGGCCAUUUUUAAAAAUUGCCCCCUUUUUCCUGCAGUUCCUUGCAACACCUCCCAUACUAUUCUGGAAGUUGCUCCAGGCCUCUGGAGGCUGGAUCAAAUGGGGGCGGGACAUAGGGGGCUGAGAAGAGGAGGGAAAAUGGGUGGAAAUCACUUUCCCCCUUUCCUUCAUGGAAGUCUCCAGAGGAUUAAAGAGCUCUCCAUGAAUGGAAGGUUACUGCUGGAUACAACUAUUUACUGAUAGCAGAAUUGAAACAAAUUAAGGGGAAGAGUUAUAAAGCUUUUAAGUUCAGAGACAAGAUUCACUUGAAUGACAUUCUGUGUAGAAAAAUAGGUGAACGCAUAAACAGAAGCUAAGAUGUACACAAGUCAUAAAUGACUUUCAGUGUUAAUGGGAAGUUAGAUUUGUAGAAAAGAAAUUGCACUUCAAUGAGGAAAUCUUUAUCAUCGGCAACAUGUAAGUCCCCCAGCUCUGCCAAUUUUCUCCAAAGAUGCAGAAAGAUUGCUCAAAACAUUCAUGAGCAAUGCACAUUAAGGGAGAUAAACACAAAUUAGUCUGCAAAUGGGCAAAAUAUUAUCUCUAAUUGGAUGCACAUAAAAGAAAAGUAUUAUAAUUCCAAUUCAACAGUGGAAGCAGUAAGAUGUUUCAAAAUAGGUAACUGACAGUUAUGUGGUUAUAACAGGGCUAUGAAUCGGGGGGUCUCAAAUGCGGCAUUAAAGCACCCCAAGCUCUGGGAUCACAAAGCUCAAAUACUGCAGCAGAUAACAAGUUUUGCAAAUUGGGCAGAUUCACAUAAUGCUUCUGAAUUUUCAUGAUUCACACACUUUGCAUAGUUGCACAGUUUGCUCAAAGAGCCUAGCUGACUUGGUGAUUUUGUGUGCUCUGCUCCAAAUGUAGAGUUUUGUGAAAAAGCAAGGGAUGGGGAUAGAAAGGGAUAGAACGGGAUUGUGCACAAAAUUACUUUCAAUGUUUGGUGACUUUUUCAUUGGUUAGUCUGGAUGGACAGGCACAGUGAAGCAGUCGUCUGUAUUCAGCCAGACUUCCAGAUUUAUCAGACCAUUUUGAAAAAGGAAAAAAAACCUAAUAAAAAAUAAAUCAAGGCAGCGUGCAACUGUGGGAGUGGGGUGUAUGGUAGAACUGCAUCUUCAUUUACUCUGAGUGAAGGGUCACAUUCCUUUUGGGGGGGGUGUCUUUGCAAACUAGGGGACGCGGGUGGCACUGUGGGUUAAACCACAGAGCCUAGGACUUACCGAUCAGAAGGUCGGCGGUUUGAAUCCCCAUGAUGGGGUGAGCUCCCGUUGCUUGGUCCCGGCUCCUGCCAACCUAGCAGUUUGAAAGCACGUCAGAGUGCAAGUAGAUAAAUACCUUCAGAGGGAAGGUAAACGGUGUUUCCGUGCGCUGCUCUGAUUCUCCAGAAGUGGCUUAGUCAUGCUGACUGCAUGACCCGGAAGCUGUACGCUGGCUCCCUCGGCCAAUAAAGCGAGAUGAGCGCUGCAACCCCAGAGUUGGUCACAACUGGACCUAAUGGUCAGGGGUCCCUUUACCUUUACCUUUUGCAAACCAGAGGAGGUCAGGGACACCAUACACACGGCAGCCACUCAUACACCACAACCUAGUCUAUUGACUACAAUAUAAUGUUUUUUUUAAUCUGAACUUUGGAGAGGGGCCCAUGUGGGUGCCAGGGAAGGCCUCUGUAGGCACAUAUGUGCCCACAAGUGCUAUGUUGGAGACCCUUGGUCUUGGCAGUCAAAGCAGAAACCACCAUAACUGAAAGUAAUCUUCAAAAAUGGCUGCGUGAAUCACCCCGCUGAAAAAGACAAUCGACUGGAUGUGUUUCUCCCUUUGCCUCUGAAAGAUGUACUUCAUCUGGAACCAUGCCCUGAUGUCAUAACUCACAGCAUUAUAAUGUCUGGUUAUGGAGCAAGUUGCCCUGCAUGUUACAGAGGGGCAGAGGAAAAGAUGCAUCCCGGAGCUGCUCCCUUGAGCAGUAGCUCCUUUACCUCACCUUCCUCCCUAAGAGCAUGGAACACAAAGAAGUCUCUCACACAUUUAGCCAUUCUAUUUAUAUAUCUUUGUUUUAUUUUAGGAAAAUUCUCUUCUUCUUCUUCUUCUUCUUCUUCUUCUUCUUCUUCUUCUUCUUCUUCUUCUUCUUUGUGAUGGGGAACAACAUCUUGGCUAGAAAGCUCAUUUUUCUACAGAGAAAAAUCUGGUGGAUUUAUCUGGUAGAUGUGUUCUGUGUGCCAUAUGGCUAUCCUGACCACUCACGUCCCCGAUGCCUGAAAGAUCGUCUACAGACCCUCUUGAGUGCUGAGAUCAGCAGAGGGGGCUCUCUUGGUAGUUCCUCCACCCUCAGGGGCUUGGAGGGCAGGUGGCAGCCCUGGGGAGGGCAUUCUCUGUGCUGGCCCCAGAGAUGUGAAACUCCCAGCAGAGGUGCACAAGGCACCUUCAUUAUAUAGCUUAUGGAUAAUGCUGAAGAUGUCCCACUUUACAUUGGCUUUUGACAUCAGAGAUGUAUGUUUUCAGGACCCAACUUUUUAUGAUUGCAAGUUGUUUUAAAUUGUUUUUAAUAUUGUGUUUAAUGCUGUAACCGGCUCUCAGACCUUGGGGUGAAGGGCAGGUAAUUAAUAAUAAUAUUGAUUGAUUGAUUGAUUGAUUGAUUAAGUAAAUAUUAUGUUAAAAUAAAAAUUCCACUUCACUUUCUAUAUGAACUGAAUACCAACAAUCCAAGAGGUAGUAUAAUUGUAAUAUAGGUACGUGGACAUUGCGUGUUGUAUAGGAUAUAUAUGGUAAAAUGCUUUCUUUCUUUUUAAAAAAAGUGCUUUUCACAUACGCUGUCAUAACUUUUCUGACUCUUUUGCUUUCAGCUGUGGGACCUCCUGCAAAAGUUGCAGUUCAUUCUGACCUAUAUUGCUCCUUGGCAGAUUGCUUGGGGCUCUUCGUUCCAUGUAUUUGCUCAGCUCUUUGCAAUACCUCAUAUCCUUUUUUAG